AUGGAAAAGGCAAGAGCCUUUUCUGCCUUCUCCUAGGACUCAGGGGAGUUUCUGCCCAUCAGAGAAAGCAAUACAUUAGCAGACCCUCCAAGGGUCCCUAUUUUCCAGGCACAGUCCCAGAUUUACAGACAUCAUCCCAGUUUCUGUUUUGAGUCCGGAAUGUCCCACUUUUCCUUAGGAUGUCCCUAUUUUCAGUGGAGAAAUGUUGAAGGGUAUGGAGUUAUCUGACCCCCAAGCCGUCUGAAGGCAAUCCUGUAUAGGGACUUUUUUUUAAUGUUUAAUGUUUUGUUAUGUUUUAAAAUACGUUGGAAGCUGCCCAGAGUGGCUGGGGCAACCCAGCAAGAUGUGUGGGGUAUAAAUAGUAAAAUUAUCAUUAUGGAAUUGGACGUCCCUAUUUUCAGCGGAGAAAUGUUGGAGGGUAUGCAUUAGUUAGACAAAUAAUCUGGCCUGGUAUAUAAGGCAGUGUCUUGUAUUCCUACCUGCUAUAUAAUAUACCUUUCCCCCAUAGGAUUCUGCCCGGAUCCUAAGGACUUUCUCUGCGUGCCCCCAUUGAGGGAGGCCCAGAGGGGGACAAUGAGAAAACAGGCCUUCUCUGCAGUAGCCCCCACCUCACCCGGUUGAUGGAAUGCUCUUCCCUAGCACCAAUGUUAUCAUAAUUUUAUUAUAAUUCUGGUGCUAACAAAGACAUUUCCUAGGCAUUUGAGCAGCACCAAUGAUAUGACACUAACUCUGCUAACUCUGCUAACUCUGGUGGCUGUUUUGUUUACAUACGGCUAAUGUGAUUCUUACUGAGUGUUUUUUAAAAAAUAAUUUGGUUGUAAAAUGGUUCCAGACUUUUUUUAAAGUGGGAAGCAAUGUAUAAAUUGAAUUCACCUAACUUAACCCAACCUACUUGUAGUAGUAGAACUUAAUGCAGGACUCCGUCUCCACAGUGCAAUGUAAAAUUUGACUUUCCUAACAGUCUUAAAGUUAAGCACUCUGCUUAGCUGGUUUAAGUCUCGUCAAGAUAUACUAUGCUGCUUUUGUUUUUCUUUUGUAUUUGUGGUUCUUUUUUCUGGGGAGGGGGGUGAUUCGUUUGACUUCCUUCAAUCAUUGUUAUUUCACAUUUAACCAAACCUACUACCAUGUGUCAGGACAACCCAUCAAAGGGGCCCAGUUUCACACAUGCAAGGACCAUAGCUGGCAACUUUUCCCCUUUUUAAGGGAAAUUCCCUUAUUCCGAAUAGGAUUCCUUGCAAGAAAAGGGAAACGUUGACAGCUAUGGCAAGGACUACAUUUGAUCUUUGGAGCCCCUCUUUUUCUGGUUAAUAGGAGGUAGGGGAAAGCCACUACAACAGAUGCUCUUAAGAUGUGCUGCAUUUUUGUAAACUAGUCUUGAUCCUUUUUUUCAGGUAAACAUCACUAUCUACCAUGUGACAUCAAAUUAUUUUUUUCUUCCUUCCCUCCUUAGGGUCAAAAAGCUUGGAUAGAAAAAACCUUUUUCAAGAGGGAGUGUAUCUACAUAAUUGCCAACAGCAAAGAUGCUACCAGGUGACCCAUCUUCUGUUUCUGCACGUUGGUUUUGCGCACCAAACAAGCAAUCUUUUGUCAGCAGCAGGAGGAGCAGCCCUCAUGGGAAAAUGGGGGGCAGCUGCUCUCCCUCCCCAGAAUUUGAGGCAGUCACUUUCAUUGCUCAGAAACAAGUAGGGCGUGUCAGCCAGGAUCAGGCUCCAGGCAGCUGGGCUCCAGGAUCAGGGGGCAGCUGGAGUCAGUGCAAGUGGAAAAAGGGAGGAAGCUGGUCCAAACAGGCAGGUAUUGUGUACCAAGGCAAGAGUAGAGGGCAAAAAGCAGGUGCACAUUAAAAGACAUGCAGGGGGCAAUUUCUAAGGCAGCUAAAAGGUGCAGGGGGCUAUUUUAUUGACAGCAUCCUACAUAAUUAAAAUGGUGUGGCAGUGUUCAGAAGUUUAGGCAACUUGCUCUUGACUAGGGCUUUAUAAACUGUGACUGGCCCUCGAGGUCAGCUGACAGGCUGCUCAGGCAGGCUGGUUCUGCAGCCUCCGUGGUACCCUUGAAGCAGAGAGCUCAGGCUCAGAAGGAAAGAUGCUGGAGUCUGGCUUCUUGGAGCCCCAGCUGAAAACCUUCCAUGGCACCUUAUAACUGAGAGAGAAAGGGCAGACUUCUAGAUGGUAUAAGCAGAUCUGACAGUUUUCUGGGCAUCUGCUUGUGUGUGCAGUGCUGCAUGGAACUUGGCAGAAGAUAAGCAUACCAUUUUCGCCCCAAAACAUGCUCUGAUACGUGAUUUUUAUUCCCUCCUCAGGGUCUAACUGAUUUGCUUCAUUUUUUUUAAUUAAAAAACCCCCAAACCUGAAUGCCUGAAAAAGUGCGCUGAUUAGUCAGGUGUCAGGAUACCCCCACUCAGCAUUAAAACUGCAGAUGGAAAGCACUGUCUUAAAAGAGGUAUUCUCCCCCUUUCUCAUUCAGGAGGGAAUAUCCAUUCUAAGAUGUUGCAAGCCAUGAGCAGCACCCCAAAACAAAGCAAGCAAGCCUUGUCUUUUUACUUGUAUGAAAAUAUAUGCAAAAUCAAUCCAUUAAUUAAUCUACUAAAACUCCUGCACCACAAGGGGCAACAUCCCUAUUAGAUUUUUAAACACGAAGAGGGGAAUGUUCUACAUCAACUGCUGGCUGCAGGCUCACAGUUGCUCUUUGCCCUCAGGUGCUGCUGUGGCCAGCUUCUUACACAACACACCCCAAUUCCUCCGAGUAUAACUGCGAACAAGAAUGAAGAAGAAGCAACGAAGCAGGUGGAUACUCAGCCUGAGAAGUGGUUUGUCAGUAAACACACCCAGGCACUCCCAACUGAUGCCUAUGGAAAUCUUGAGUUCCAAGGUGGAGGCCACACCAACAAGUCCAUGGUAUGUGGUAACCUCUAUUUCACCAAUAGAGACAAUAUAGCCCAGUGAAGAGAGGGGUAGAUUUCCGAAGCCUGGCAAGGGGAAUGUCCUUAGAGUGGCUGGGGAAACCCAGCCAGAUGGGCAGGGUAUAAAAAAUAAAUAGAUAGAUGAUAUUAUUAUUAUUAUUAUUAUUAUUUAUUAGACAAUGACCAGAUUCCAGUUUUUGUUUAAAGCGAGUUUGGGAAAGUGGAUUCUUCCUUUGCAACUAGACCACAUUGAGGGAAGCCCAAAAUGUUAAGACAGCUGACAUUUGUGAAGCAGUGAAGAUAAAAGGAGGCUUCCCAGUAAGCAAGGAUAGGGGAAUCCUCCAUAUAGCAAAUGGAGGGGAAAGGGUCAAUUAACCCCUUCUUCCUUACAUCUGGAUUUAGAGAUGCAUUUUUGCUGUUGUUACAGCUAUCAAUUGUAUCAUCAAAAGUGGCACAGUCCUGUCCCCCAUAGUCCACCUUUUGUUUAGACUGGGCAAAGACACCUUGUGUCUUUCGAAGGGAGCUGAGCUCCUCCCCCUCCCCCUCUUACUCUUGAACAUUCGCUUGGUCUUUGAUGGGGCCACAAGACGCCUUGCUGUUUAUGUUGCAUUACUGAUUUGCAAGCCUGUCUUUGCUCCCUCUGAUUCGCCUGCGCACGUGCAGAGGAGCAGUAUCUUAGAAUGAUCAUAGAAUCGUAGAACUGGAAGGGACCCCAAAGGUCAUCUUGUCCAAUCCCCUGCAAUGCCAGAAUCUCAGCUAAAACCUAUCAUGAAACUCUGCAUUGCAUUAUGCUCGGGGCCAUCAAAUAAAAAAGAACAGCAGUGGAUUUAGGAUAGACAAUAGAAAAUAUUUAUUCAUACAACACAUACUUUCCUUUCUGCGAGACACAGUGCUGCUGGCCAGUGACUCUGAUGGCUUUAAAAGGGAAUUGAGUGAUCGAUCAAUAGCUGUUAGUUGCAUUAGCUGGCCAAACCUCCAUAUUCAGAGGGAGUGUACCUCCAAAUGCUAGAUGUUGGGGAGAAACAUCAGGAGAGGGUCAUGGCCUUCGUGGAUUUGCUUUGUGUUCACCUGCUUGGCCAGGAUGGGAAGCUAAACUUGGUGAACUUUGGAUCUGAUUGAGGAGCAUCUGACACAUAUAUGCUGCUUAAUCAACCAAACCCUCUAAGUGGUUUACAUAAAACGACAUGAAACAUUCUUUUAAGAUACUAUUAAAAUCACAGCUCAGAAAACAAAUAUACAUACCAUUUAUCAAAACAUAAGUAAAACCAGCAGUUUUGCAACAAAUAUACAUAUAAAACUACAUAUCUGGCCAAGAAGUUUUUAGCAGGCACCGAAAGCAAGACAGCAAAGGCACCUGCCUAAUAUCAGUGGACAGGGCGUUCCAGAGUUGACAGUGCUGCCACACUGAAGGAUAAAUUUCUUGCAGACGUUAAGUGGCACUUACAAAGAGCAGGCAUGGAUGGGGUAAAGAGAUCCUUUAAGUAAGCUGAUCCCAGCUGCUAAGCUGUUUGUGUCCACCUGCCUUGCAGUACAUCCGAGUGUCAUAUGACACAAAGCCAGACUCGCUGCUCCACCUGAUGGUGAAAGACUGGCAGCUGGAACUCCCCAAGCUCCUAAUAUCCAUCCACGGGGGACUGCAGAACUUCGAGCUGCAACCCAAGCUGAAGCAAGUGUUUGGGAAGGGCCUCAUCAAGGCCGCCAUGACCACAGGGGCUUGGAUCUUCACCGGGGGAGUCAGUACAGGUGAGAAGUGCACUCUUGGCCUGCUUAUUUAUAUGCUGACCUUUGGCUGAUGAAAACUAUGUUGAGAGAUGAGCAGGGAUUUAAUCCAAGGGGCUGUAACUGUGUCAUUUUCACCCAGAAUGAAUUAACUGUGCUGUGUGCUCUUAAGAACAAUGCAGCCUUCCAUCCCCUUUCCUCUCCUCUCUUGGCCUGUGCUGGAGCCUUGCCAGAGAGCUGUAUGUAAAGGUAAAGGUACCCCUGCCCGUACGGGCCAGUCGUGUCCGACUUUAGGGUUGUGCGCUCAUCUCACAGAGGCCGGGGGCCAGCGCUGUCCGGAGACACUUCCGGGUCACGUGGCCAGCGUGACGAAGCUGCUCUGGCGAGCCUGCACCAGUGCAGCACACAGAAACGCCAUUUACCUUCCCGCUAUAAAGUGAUACCUAUUUAUCUACUUGCACUUAAGGGUGCUUUCGAACUGCUAGGUGGGCAGGAGCUGGGACCGAACGACGGGAGCUCACCCUGCCGCGGGGAUUCGAACCGCCGACCAUGAGAUCGGCAAGUCCUAGGCACUGAGGUUUUACCCACAGCGCCACCCGCGUCCCUAGAGAGCUGUAUAAAUCCCCGUUUAAGAACCCUGUCUGUUUCCAACAGCCGGUAGUCAAGGUUCAACAGACAACACAGUAACAAGAGAUUUUUAUACCAUUUUCAGUUUUGUGUGGGACACCUCAUAGAACAAAACGAAACGAUGACAUCCUGUGCUUUUUUUAUAUUAAACCUUUGUCCAUGUGGAUCUUCUUAUUGCCAGCUUUUGAGUUUUAAAAUACUAAACCACCUCAAAACAGACUGAGUCAGGGCAAAAAGUGGAGUGUCACAUACAAAGGUGGAAGAAAAGUCAUAACCUUGCAGGCUAUGUGAAAAACCUGGCCAGUGGAACCCAGACCGCCAACACUGGUUGCUUGAUAAGGCAGGGUUUAUUGUGCUCUUGUGCAUGCGUGUGAUAGAGGGAGGCUGGGAGGGUGACUGUGAGAACACACUUUUAAUGAGCUGUGACUCUGGCAUGCCCAUCCAUGCACACAACUGAAAUGGAAUGGGACUCAGUCCCAGUUAAUAAGUUCCAUCACUUUCAUUGGGAAUAAGUCAAGACUCACUUUUGCUGGGUGGAGGCUUAAAGUGCUCAAUUCUUUCUAAAGAUUUGGUGCAUUUAAAACCUUUUAAGCAACCUUCCUGAAAACACUGAAGAACAUGGUACCGGUAAAGUAAGGGCCAGGUUUAUGUGUCUCUUCCAUUGAAGCAGAUUCAUAGCAAGUGCUCACUGGAGUAUCCUAAUAAAUGAGAAAUGAAGGGGGUGUUUUUACUGGAGAAGGCUCUUUCUGUCUCCCUCUGUGAUGUAUGCAGCUGCCCCCCAGGGAAGACUCUAACAGACUCGAUCCCUCCUGUAGGUGUCAUUCGCCACGUUGGAGAUGCCUUGAAAGAUCAUUCUUCCAAGUCCAGAGGACGCAUCUGUGCCAUAGGAAUUGCUCCGUGGGGCAUUGUGGAAAACAAGGAGGAUCUGAUUGGGAAAGAUGUAAGUUCCCACACAUUCUGUGGAUUUUUGCCAGAUUCUCUUGUUCUCGCUGCCUUUGAUUUGCUGGGAUCCCUUGAUUCUUAUCAGCAAAUCAGACAAAGCAUUAAAGGGUUGCUUGUGUCGCCUUAUGCAGCGCUGCAUCCAAAGGUCAGGGCAGGAGUUUUGAAGGAAGGGGGAGGAUGGUGGUUGCCACUUUUUGUGCAUUCUUUUGUCAACCAUGUUACAGGCAGAAAUCAACAGGUGAAGCUUCCCCCAGCUCAGAGAUAUGCAGACCAUGUCCAGUCAUUUAAGAGGAGGCAAUCUUCACAGAGCUUUGGAGGCCCUUCUCACAGGCCACAUUCGCACAAUACAUGUAAAGCCCUGAAGUUUAUUACGGGUGCUAAGAGUUGUUAGGCGACCCCCCCCCCAUUCCCCUCUAGAGAACUCGAGUUCCCAAAGUUCCCUGGGAAAAGGGGUUGACUGUUAAAUCGUUCGUUUUGUCUUUGCCUUUAGCCACAUUUAGCUCAGGUUGAAUGCAGUGCUAAAUUAUUAUUAUUAUUAUUAUUAUUAUUAUUAUUAUUUUAUGUAUACCCUGCUCAUCUGACUGGGUUUCCCCAGCAACUCUUGGGCAGCUUACAGCAUACAUAAAAAGAUAGUAAAACAUCAAACAUUAGAAACUUCCCGAUACAGUGUGGCCUUCAGGUGUCUUCUAAAAUCUGUGGAGUUCUUUAUUUCCUUGACAUCUGAAGGGUGUUCCACAGGGAGGGUGCCACUACUGAGAAGGCCUUCUGCCUGGUUUCCUGUAACUUCGCUUCUCGCAGGAAGGGAACCAGCAGAAGACCCUCGGUGGAAGACCUCAAUGACCGAUGAUAAUCUCUUAGCAUGAGGGGGAGGGCCCAACUUUUUCUAGCCCAAGGGCAAGAUUUUGUUCUGUGCGGCCUUCCGAGGGCCAGCUGCCAGCAGUGGUCAGGGCCAAGUGCAAAGGUGAGCAGAGCAAUCACUGUGAAUUUUGCCUUUGUGCAGCAAGCUGUUUUCUACACACUCUUGCAGAUCCCUCUUUAUCCUCCAGGCAAGCGAGAAGCAUUGUCCUUCCAGCCAGCUGCAAAGCAGGACUGGUGUUGGGCAUGGCUUCAGAGCCUGGAGAGAGCCCCCCCACAAGUCAAGCAGAGAGGCUGGGGGGGGGGGAGCCCUGCAUUUGGCCCCAAGGUCUAAGGAUUCCCAGCCCUGGUUUAGUGUUACAUGAAUGACAUAUCCUCCAAGUGUCCCGAUUUUCCAGGGACAGUCCCAGAAUUACAAAAGCUACCCCGGCUUUUGAUUUGAUCCCAUUUCCUCCACCAGUGCCACCGCCACCAAGCUCCGGGAGGACGAGGAGCCGGCACUUCUCUGGAGCGACUGGGGGGGCAGCUGCCAGGGAGGGAGCAGCCUGUGGCCUCUCCAGGGCUGCUGCCAGCCUCCUCCCUUGGGCAGCUCAUAGAGGAGGAAGAGAAGCCGCCAGCCCAGAGGCCCAGCCCCAUGCGACGUGCCAGCUCUGAGGGGCAGGGGCCCCCUGGGCGGGAAACAAGGAGGAGCAGAGCACAAGGGGUCUUGUUGUUGUUUUCAAUGCUUUGUGCAGCCGCAUUUAAUAUUGCCCCUUUCUAACAUUUAUUUAUUGGUGUGUGCUUUUCUUUUUGUAAAUCUACCAAAGAAAAAAAUAAAAUAAAACCAGGAUUAAGGGGUUUUCUCAGGAUGGUGGCGGGUGGGUGUGCUGUGUCCUGUUGCUGAAGGGGGGGUGGAAAUGCUCUGUAGGGAGCCUGGACAAAAAUGGGAGAUCAAGGAGGAUCGGCUGGGGGGGGGUGAGAAAUGACCCUAUUUUCAUCUGAGGAAUGAAUGAGGGUAUGGAACGAGCCCCAGCUGCCCAGCUCCCCACUCCUCAAGGGAGGGCUCAGGCGUUUCCACUUGCAAUCAAAUGCGUGGAUCAGAAUAUGGCUUAUAAUUCAGAUUUUGCACAUCUCUGGACAGUGUUCUCGUCUCUAAACAUAUAAAAAUGCAAUUUGAAACACAUCUUUAAAGUUUAAUCUGUUUUUAAAGAAAUGUUUAUUUUGAAAGGAAAUAAAUAUUCCAAAGCAUGUGGUGUAUGAAUAUGCAAAUAUUCAUGGAAGUUUGAGGAGGGGUGGGGAUGCAGAUUAAUUCGGCAGUGGGACAGAAUAGGUUUAUGCACAAACACAUGCAACAAUGACAUUAUGCACUGUCAAAUCCACAUUUAAAGUAACUACAGUUUCCCUGAAUUUUUCAGACAUAAACGGGACACUGCUUAGUAUGAAAGCAAUCUGCUCCUUGCUGCUGUGCCAGAGGAGCAGGGCAGGUGCAAGUCUGAGUAUGGCUGGAUUUCAUUCAUCUAGUGCUUUAGUAUUAGGUCUCUUGUGUGCAGAAAAAAGCAGAAUGCAAAUAUUAGUAUCAGUAAAUCUUAGUGUUUGGAGUCUUAUGGCUUGGAUAGCUGGGAUAGAAGAGGAGAAUUCAACAGCUGCAUUUUUCUUAUGCCUGUAUGACAACUUCACUCUUCCCCUCUUAUGUCUGCCUCCAACUUCACUCUUCCCCUUUGCACCCCAGACAGAAUGAAGAGCUACCCAGUGGCUGACAGCUACAGUCGUACCUUGGAAGCUGAACGGAAUCCGUUCCGGAAGUCCGUUCUGCUUCCAAAACGUUCAACUUCCAAGGCGCAGCUUCUGAUUGGCUGCAGGAGCUUCCUGUGCUCACUCGGUAGCCACAGAAGCCCCAUCAGACAUUCAGCUUCCAAAAGAAUGUUCGCAAACCAGAACACUCUCUUCUGGGUUUGCAGUGUUUGGGAAUCCAAAUGUUCGACUGCUAAGGCGUUCGUCAACCAAGGUACGACUGUAUACAGUCAUACCUCGGGUUAAAGACACUUCGGGUUAAAUCUUUUCAGGUUGCGUCCCGCAGCAACCCGGAAGUAACAGAACGGGUUAUGUCCGGGUUUCGCCACAUGCGCAGACUCUCAAAAUGCCGUCACGCGCAUGCGCAAAAGCGGCGAAUCGUGACCCGCGCAGACGCAGGUUGUGUUCUGCUCAGGUUGCAAACGGGGCUCCAGAAUGGAUCUCGUUGGCAACAGAGGUACCACUGUGUUCAUCUGGGCCACUGAGAUUGCCAUUUACUACUCCAAAGACAGGAGCCUUUUAUACUAAGCUGUCUUUCACUUUCUGAACGUGGCUUUACUGGAAAUUGUGUUCAGAGGGGAGGUCCACAUUGUAAACAGUUUUAUACCAACUUAGCUUUAUAUCAGUGUUGGCUGAGCAGUGAGAUCCUUAGCUUCAACUUUACCUCACACACCCACAAAUUCACAAGAAGGCCUUAAGCAAGCCAGCACCUUUCUGCCCUCCAUUUGCAAUAAGUAGAUAAUAAUGCUGGCCUACUUUGCAAGUGAAGAAGGGCUGCUGACAUAAUGUACAUGAAAUGCUUCAAACCCUCUUUAAAGUGCCAUGAAAAUGCCAAGCAAUUCAGAGCCCGUGUGGGUGUUUAGUGUGUUAGUGUGUUUAGUGUGUUAGAUAUGGGGAGGCAGCCUAAUCUACUUCAAAAGAAGAAAGAAAAUAGAAGAAUGGGGGUCAUAGAAUCAUAGAAUCAUAGAGUUGGAAGAGACCACAAGGGCCAUCGAGUCCAACCCCCUGCCAAGCAGGAAACACCAUCAGAGCACUCCUGACAUAUGGUUGUCAAGCCUCUGCUUAAAGACCUCCAAAGAAGGAGACUCCACCACACUCCUUGGCAGCAAAUUCCACUGUCGAACAGCUCUUACUGUCAGGAAGUUCUUCCUAAUGUUUAGGUGGAAUCUUCUUUCUUGUAGUUUGGAUCCAUUGCUCCGUGUCUGCUUCUCUGAAGCAGCAGAAAACAACCUUUCUCCCUCCUCUAUGUGACAUCCUUUUAUAUAUUUGAACAUGGCUAUCAUAUCACCCCUUAACCUCCUCUUCUCCAGGCUAAACAUGCCCAGCUCCCUUAGCCGUUCCUCAUACGGCAUCGUUUCCAGGGCUUUGACCAUUUUGGUUGCCCUCCUCUGGACACGUUCCAGUUUGUCAGUGUCCUUCUUGAACUGUGGUGCCCAGAACUGGACACAGUACUCCAGGUGAGGUCUGACCAGAGCAGAAUACAGUGGCACUAUUACUUCCCUUGAUCUAGAUGCUAUACUCCUAUUGAUGCAGCCCAGAAUUGCAUUGGCUUUUUAGCUGCCGCGUCACACUCUUGGCUCAUGUCAAGUUUGUGGUCAACCAAGACUCCUAGAUCCUUUUCACAUGUACUGCUCUCAAGCCAGGUGUCCCCCAUCUUGUAUUUGUGCCUCUCAUUUUUUUUGCCCAAGUGCAAUACUUUACAUUUCUCCCUGUUAAAAUUCAUCUUGUUUGUUUUGGCCCAGUUCUCUAAUCUGUCAAGGUCGUUUUGAAGUGUGAUCCUGUCCUCUGGGGUGUUAGCCACCCCUCCCUUUUUGGUGUCAUCUGCAAAUUUGAUCAGGAUGCCCUUGAGUCCAUCAUCCAAGUCGUUGAUAAAGGUGUUGUGUGAUGGCCGAGAACUUUACAGGGCAAAAAACAAGUAAAUGAAUAACUGCCAUGGUUUGCCUCCCCAAAGGAUUCUGGGAAUUCUAGUUUGGCAAGGUUUUUGAGAGAUCUCUAGCUCCCUGAUUAUUACUGUUUAAGCUAGUUGAAGUCCAAUAUUCCCAGAAUCCAGAUACAAGUGCAAAUAUGACCCAGUUUUUAUUUGUUUCUAUUUUCUUUUUAAAUUAAAAAUGCCCUUUUCUUUUUGACAGGUGACAAGAGUUUACCAAACCAUGUCAAACCCACUAAGCAAACUCUCUGUGCUCAACAGUUCCCAUACGCACUUCAUCCUGGCCGACAAUGGCACCUUUGGCAAAUACGGGGCAGAAGUGAAACUGAGGCGCCAGCUGGAGAAGCACAUCUCACUCCAAAAAAUCAACACACGUAAGUUGACCAGAGAUAUAUAGCUCAUUCACUAAACAGGUCACUGCUGAGUGCAGAAUAACCUCAUGGGUAUAACCCCCUAUCAAAAAUCCGUAGAAGAUCAAUAGACCUUACCAGGGCCAAGCCAGCAAUGAGGUAGCAGGAUCCACAGGGCCAUCUGCCCCCCAAGAAAUGCAUCACUCUUGGAUCCUUAUCCCCCCCCCCUUAUGCUUAAUGCAGAGCUUCACUCCCCCUUCUUCCCUGGAGGGGGGCAUUUUGUGGUUCACCUGAGAUGUCAAAAUGUCUUGGGCCAGCACUGGACCUUACUGGGAGAAGUCCAACAGGAAGAGCAUGGGCAUCUUUCCUCUGGGAGGCCAUUCCUCAGUUUCUGUGGGGGCGCAACGUAAGAGUGCAGGUGCUGGUGACUCCCGCUUUGCAUCCCCUGCCCAUGCACUUGCCCACCGCUACCCAAGAGUGAUGAAAGUGGCUGGCAGAGUGGGCUGUAUUCGUGGUGGUGAAUGCAGGUGUAUCACCCUGAGCAAAUGUAGCAAGGAAUCAUGGGAAAUGCCAGUUUCCUGCCAUGGAUGCCUAUAUGACGCCCAUGGCUGGUAAACACACAUUUGUUGCACCCACAUGUUAUAUGUAUUGACUUGUAAGUGCACAUUUAUUUGUUUAUUGGCCUCAGCUGCCAGCACUUUCCAUCUUCUGUAGAUGUGCAAGUGCACUGGUGGUCUGAGGCAAUAUAUCCUGUAUAAAUAGAAUUGGUCCUCUUUCUUUCUCUGUUCUUUGUACACUGAAUUACACCACUGCCUGUGAAAUCAGUGCCCUGAAUCUGAAAACAUACCCAAACUAACAGGCCUUCUACUGCCAGACCCAUAUUAAAAACUGUGCAUGGAUGCUAAUUGCUGCAUUUGUUGGCAAUUCUGGCAGAAAGGUGGAGGCAUCUGCUGGGCACAUAGGUUGACUUGCCAGCUCAGGCUCAGAACCUGCUCUGGUGCCCAGGCUCAAUCCCAAAAUAUGGUUAGGGAGGUGUUUCUCUCCCUCUCCUGUAAUUCUAGAAGUGUGGCUUAUCCCAUGAAAAUGAGAGGUGGUCAUUUUGGGACCUAAAUAUGGAGUUUGUUGCGACAAGAUGUGAGGAGAGCUUAGUUAUCUUUAAAAAUGGAUAAGAGAAAUUCAUGGAAGAGGAGAUGAGGCCUGUCUGUGGCUUCUCACCACGAUGACUCUAUGGAGCCUCCUUGUUCAGAAGCAGCAGGCUGCUGAAUACCAGCGCUGUGGAACAACAAUACUUCCUGCUUGAUCCUCAGAAGCAGGGCGUUGGACUUUGUGGAAAGCAUGGCCUCCAUGGGGCCAUCCCUGAAUAAGUUUGGCCCAACUCAUAGUCGUGAACAUGCCUUAGACCUGGUGUUCACCUCUAUGGAUGUGGGUGAUCUGACACUAAGUAAAAGCAAAACAAAAUAAGUGUCAUGGUUGGAUCACUUCCUGGUACAACUGGACUUCUCUGCGCGCCUUCCCCUCUGCAGAGCAGUGGAACCAAUUCUGAUGGUCCGCCCCUGCCACUUAAUGGAUCCAAAUGGUUUCCAGAGAGUGGAAGGGGAUGUGUUAUCCCAUGUUGAUGGCCUUUCAGCUGAUUCCCUGGUGGUCCGCUGGAAAGCAGAGUUAACCAGGGCUAUCAACUGUCUGGCUCUGAAGCGCCCUCUCCGAUUGCAUGGAGCCCGGACAGCCCCGUGGUUUUCCGUAGAGCUAAGGGCGAUGAAACAAUCGCUGAGACGGCUGGAGCACCGGUGGCGGAAAACUCAUUCUGAAUCCGACAGGACAUGGGUUAGAGCUCAACACUGAGCCUACCAAGUGGCGACAGCAAUGGCGAAGAGGACCUUCAAUUCAAAGUGUUGGUGCUGACCUUUAAAGCUCUAAACAGCCUCGGCCCAGUAUACCUGAAGGAGCGUCUCCACCCCCAUCAUCCAGCCCGCACACUGAGGUCCAGCUCCGAGGGCCUUCUGGCGGUUCCCUCGCUGCAAAGAAGUGAGGUUACAGGGAACCAGGCAGAGGGCCUUCUCGGUAGUGGCACCUGCUCUGUGGAAAGCCCUCCCAUCAGAUGCCAAAGAAAUAAACAACUAUCUAACUUUUAGAAGACAGCCCUGUUUAGGGAAGCUUUUAAUACUGGAUGAGUCAUUGUAUUUCAAUAUUCUGCUGGAAGCCGCCCAGAGUGGCUGGGCAAACCCAACCAGAUGGAUGGGGUAUAAAUAAAAAUUAUUAUUAUUCUCUUAUCAUUCUUAUGCCAGCUGGUGAGAGUGCCUCUGAGCAUGCCCAGAGUGUCCCUGGGGACUAAGUAAGCGCAGUUUUCCUCCACCUUUCUGACCCAGCACAGGUUACAUCCAGCUGGAAAACUGCUGAUUGCUGAGUGAUCAUGACACACAUCAGUUCCUGGGGGACUUGGUUCUGGCAUCCUUUGCCCUACUUGGCCCAAAAGCCAAGGUGGGACUUUCACCCUUUUUUCCACCCACCUGCUGCCACAAACUCAUAACUACAUUUUAGCUUUAGAUCUCCUUUUUGCAGAACCGGAGUCAUAACUGCCCCUUUCUAGGGGUCAGACAAGGUGUGGUAUUAGAGGUGACUGAAUACAUUUCGGUCGUCUUUUGAUUUACAAAGAGUAGCUACUGAAAGUAGCCAAGCUGUGGGCUCCUCUGGAUGACCAAUUUUUUGAGUAUUCAAAGCUUGUACAAAGGUUAGACCAUGUCUAAUCUUGAAUGAGCAUUUGUUCUGAUGUAUUUCAAUCUCUCCUGCAAAACAGUGGCACUUGGAGGGUCAGCUCUUUUCAUGCAGUUCAUUUUCCUGAUUAAAAUCAUUGGCAAUUAAAGAAACAAAACAAAACCUAUGUGUGAAUGGACUGCCUAUUUGAUGGAGCUCAGCAGUGGAAGCGGGAUAUUGGUGACCUGCCUCAUGAACCACUUCUGUGUGCAUAGGGUCCAUUAAAGUACCCAGGGGGUCGGCGUUCCUUAUCCGGAGGCUACAAAGUCUGACCUUUUGAGCCCCACAAUCUUCCAAGCGCCCCUGUGAUUCUGCUUAGUUAGGGCCAGCCCUAUCAUUAGAUAGAAUGAGGUGUCCACCUCAGGCAGCAGAUGGUAGCCCUUCCAGAGCCCUUCUCUUGGAAGGCAGAGCUGUAUAUGGCACAUGGCCUGUCUCUGGUCCGCUAUACUAAGCUGCCACCUCAAAGUGCAAUACAGGAUGCAAGAUUCAGCUGCCACUCCAGCUGGCUUCUAUAUGUGGAAUGGAGAGAGAGAGCGAGAGAACGAACAUACCAUCUUGCCUUUCACCUCAGGCAGCAAAAUGCUUGGCCCAUGGAUGAGGCAUGGGGAGCCUGUGACACUCUAGGGUCACAUUCAUACCAUACAUUUAAAGGGUCACAAUACCACUAUAAAUAGCCCCCCAAAGAAUUAUGGAAGUCAUUCUUUGUUAUGGGUGCUGAGAGUUGUUAGGAGACCCCUAUUCCCCUCACAGAGCUACAAUUUCCAGAGUUCACUGGGAAGAGGGAUUGGUUGUUAAAUUGCUCUUGGAAUUAUAGCUCUCAGCGCCCUUAACAAGCUCCAGUUCCCAGGAUUCUUUGAGGGAAGCCACAGCAGUUCAAAGUGGUAGUGAAGUGCUGUAGAGUGUGGUGUGAAUGUGGCCUGGGUUUUGUUGGACUCUGAUCAGCCAGUAUGGCCAGGAGUCAGGAAUGAUGGCAACUGGAAUCCCACAGCAUCUGGAGGGCCACUGGGUUUCUCACCCCUCCGUAGAGAGACGUCUAAAUUAAGGGUUUUGCUGGUUUGGAAGUAGGGAUAUGGUGCUCAAAGUGUUCUCUCCCCCAUUUGUCUAAUGUGCAUUAAAAAGAGAAUGUGGGUUUUCUUCUGCUUUUUGUUGUUGUUCAGCUUUUACUACAUCUUGAGACUAAUCUCCUUAUAACUCUGCCUGACCCCCAGCAUUUUGAAUUUAAGCACCUACUUCCUGAGGACAUAUCAUGCCACGUGCAAGAUCAUUAUUUUUCUACUUUUAGUCCUCCAACUUCCUGACAUGUGACCAAGUCUGCCUGGAUCCUGUGACCUAUGGGCUUCCCUUUGUCAUCCUAUGCCUGGAGAUCACAGUGAGGCAGGGACAGCAAAGGGGUGCUCAGCUGUCGUCUCUAACGCCGACCGACCAUUAUUUGCAUCCUAACAAUAAACAGCUGGUAGUGCUCCUUAAGAGAGCCUUUAGAUGGCUGUCGCUUUACAGGCAGCAUGUCUACACAACAAACACAUGCCAUUUCUAUGCCACUGUAACUGCUGUGCUCUCUGUUGAGUUUUACGAGCAGGUUCUGCUGUUCAUCAAAAGUACUGUGCAGUUUCACAGAUUAUUCAGCAGCUUCUCCUUGUCUUAUGCCCUGGUAUUUGUACAGCAUCCUGCUUCAUUGAGAAUCUGAAGUUUCCACCCUUUCAAAACAUUCACUUGGUGUUUAAUGGCCUGCUUGGUUUGUCCUACAGGGCUGGGGCAGGGGGUCCCUGUGGUUGGACUGAUAGUCGAAGGUGGUCCCAAUGUGAUAUCCAUCGUCUUGGAAUGCCUGCGUGAAGAGCCGCCACUUCCUGUUGUGAUCUGUGAUGGCAGUGGACGAGCGUCAGACAUCUUAUCAUUUGCACACAAGUACUCAGAAGAAGGAGGGUAAGAAUAACUGACAUGUUAGAAUUGGUGUAAUGUAGUGGUUAGGAGACUGAGUCCCUAUUCAUACAUAGUGCCAAAGCAUGCUGUGACCAGUUACACAAAGAAUGUUGUGCCUGUGCACACUCUCCUUCCUCUUGCUUACCUUAUUUCCAUGUUCUUGAGAAACCACAAGUUGCCAUUGUCCCGGUGCACACUUAUCACUGAACUUAGCACUAUGUGAACAAGCUUGAUCAAGCCAUGAGCUCGAGUGCCCCUGCUCCCCGAGCACAUGCCAGAGGAGAUGGGAAGCAUCUUGGUUUAACCUAACCACAGUUUGCUGCUACAUACAAACUUGGACAAAUUAUGUUUAGUUUCAACUUUAAACUUUAUUGAAACAAGCCAUGGCUAAACCAUGGUUUCUGAUCUUGACUUCUUUUGAUGAAUCAUAGUCUAAAAGAAACCACAGUUUCAGCUUUGAAGAUAACAACACAUCACAGUGAGCGUAAACAGGGAAGUGGACACUUGCAAUCUCUUCCUUGUGGGUGGACUGGAUGAGGAGAGGGGAGCUGAGAGUACUGAAGUUAGAGGCUUGUUCCUCAUAUGGAGCUAAGCGGUGGGUUUAGUGUAACAUCCAAACCAGACUUAUGUUCAAACAAAUCAAAUAGUGCAUGUGAAGACUAGGAGAGGAGGGAGUGCACAAUGGAAGUCUUAUUUGCAUGGUGCAAAACCUGAGCUGUUGACCAAGGUUCCAAUAUUGUCUCCUCUAUGAACUUGCUGGAGGACUUUCUGUCAGGGGUGAGAAACUUCAGGCUUAGGGGCUGAAUGUGGCUCUCCAAGCCUCUCUAUCCAGCCCUUGUGACCUUCCCCAAGCUAAGACCCCUCCCCAGACCACACCCCUCACUAGCCCUGCUUCACACCCUUCACAAGUGUUUUUGCCUGGCUGGAAUGCAUCCUUCAGCUGCAAUAAUUCCUUGUGUGGAACUUCUUCAGUAUACUCCAGAGCAGAUGUUCCAUUUUUAAAUGUAUUACUCACCAGCUUAAUUUUCACAAUUUCACCCCCACCACUUUUUUUAGAGAAAAUCAAAGGCCUCUUCUCUCUGAGUUAACCUCAGAAGCUUCUUGCUGAUCUGGCAUCUCUGUGCUGGAUCUCUCAGGCCCUGUCAGCCAAAGCCCAGGAUCUGAUAAAGGUUCUCAGGCUAAACAGCUUCCCUAAUAACAGGGGCCUUUGGGGAGCUCUCUCACCUCAUUCUGAUUAGAGAGCAGAAUUUCCCGAAACUCAGCAGGCCCACGAGUCUGAGUGAAUUGCCUGCUGGCCAAAUUGAAAUAAGAGGGAAUUGGCCAAGGUUAGAGGGCUCUCAUCACAGUGUGCUCAGGGAGGAGUGAGAUAGCUUUUGAAGUCUUUUUCAGCCACAUCUGAUGUACUAGGACCUGUUUUUAUGAACUAGCAAAAUACCUGGCAGUGUGGUAUAGUCGGACAUAGAUCUGGAAGACGAGGGCUCACAACUCCCACUUGGCCAUAAAGCUCACUGGGUGACCUUGGACCAGUCACUGCCUCUCAGCCUAACCUACCUUGCAGGGCUGUUGUGGGGAAGAACCAUGUAUGCUGCCUUGAGCAGCUUGGAGGAAAAGGUGGCAUAUAAAUGCAAUCAGUCAAUCAAUAAGAAAUUAAGAGAGUAAUUCUUAAAUACAUUGUUGUUGUUGUUGUUUAGUCGUUUAGUCGUGUCCGACUCUUCGUGACCCCCUGGACCAGAGCACGCCAGGCACUCCUAUCUUUCACUGCCUCCCGCAGUUUGGUCAAACUCAUGCUGGUAGCUUUGAGAACAUUGUCCAACCAUCUCGUCCUCUGUCGUCCCCUUCUCCUUGUGCCCUCCAUCUUUCCCAACAUCAGGGUCUUUUCCAGGGAGUCUUUUCUUCUCAUGAGGUGGCCAAACUAUUGGUGCCUCAGCUUCAGGAUCUGUCCUUCCAGUGAGCACUCAGGGCUGAUUUCCUUCAGGAUGGAGAGGUUUGAUCUUCUUGCAGUCCAUGGGACUCUCAAGAGUCUCCUCCAGCACCAUAAUUCAAAAGCAUCAAUUCUUUGGCGAUCAGCCUUCUUUAUGGUCCAGCUCUCACUUCCAUACAUCACUACUGGGAAAACCAUAGCUUUUACUAUACGGACCUUUGUUGGCAAGGUGAUGUCUCUGCUUUUUAAGAUACUGUCUAGGUUUGUAUUCUUAAAUACAUACUUGGGUUAAAAGUGGGUCCUGGGUCUUUAAAAAGUUGAAGACUACUGUUCUAAUUUGAGGGAAUUUGUCAUGCACAUGACGUGGCUUUACACCGUAUGCUCAGACAAAUAAAGAUUAAACAGUUAGAAUUGGUUAAACUGGUUAAAAUUAUAUAAUGAAGACUUACUCUGAGGAGAGCAACACAAGUUUGUACUCCAAGGGUUGUUUUCUGAAAACCAAACAAACAAAUCCAUUUGCCUUCAUUUCUGAAGUCCAAGCAUGAAAAUAUUUGUUUUCUGUUUUGUCUCUUGACUUUAGCAUCAUAAGUGAGUCUCUGAGGGACCAGCUGCUUGUCACCAUUCAGAAAACCUUUAACUACAGCAGGAACCAAGCUCACCAGCUGUUUGUUAUUCUCAUGGAGUGCAUGAAAAAGAAAGAACUUGUAAGCAUCUUACACUUCACUUGCAAAACCAAUUGAGUAUCAGGGCCAAACAUAGCAUGGGGGACACUUCUCAAAUGAGAGGCCCUGGGCACAUUCUUUUUCAAGGAAAAGCAGCCAGAACCAGAUCAAGGCCACUGCUGCACAGCGGGAGGAGAGAGCAAACCCUUUCCUCCCUGAGCCAGCUCGCUGCUGAAAAAUCACACACCACGCGGUGGAGGAGGAGGAGGAGGAGGAAGAACACUCGUGAUGGAAGCCACAGCCGGGGCAAAAGGGUGACAGGCACCUCGCAAAGCUUGACCCACCUUCCUCACUCGCAACCUCCAACCCUCACUCCUCGUUUGGACCCAAGAGUGAGAUCUGAGGAGUUCCAGGGAUAGGCAAUGUGGUGCCCACCGUAUGUUGUUGGGCUACAGCUCCCAAAAUCCCCGAUCAUUGGUUUUGAUGGCUAGGGCUAAUGGGAGCAGGAGUUCAAAAUUGAUUUGUUGCUCAAUAAUGAUUUGGGACAUCAGAGAGCCACUGCUGAUCAGUGUGGGCAAUAUUGCCCUAGAUCAGCCUUCCCCAACCUGGUGCCUUCUAAAUGUUUGAACUAUGACUAGAACUAUGGACUAGAAAGACAAAUGGGAAUAUGUUACUUAGCCUGAUCCCAUUUGCAUCCAUGUUGGAGUGACACUGGUAGGGAAAAACCCCUCUUCCACAUUAACUGGAUUUAAGUCAAUACCAUUCUUUGGCUAAUCAGCAUUUUAGGACUUUGCCACCCCUUUAGAUAUUUAGCCAGUCACGUGGCACCACCAUUUGGGCUAGUAGGGAAGCCCUUCUGAUUACAUAAUCUGUCCAUCAAGCUUCUUAAAGGCCUCCAUCAGCAAAUGACUUUUUUCGCAUCUCCCUCCUCACAAAAUAAAGUAAGCAAAUUACAGAAUGUACAUUUUCCAGCAAUAGCAAUUAGAGGACAUUUCCUCUUUUAUUUAUUUGUUUUUGACAAGAAGUUAGGAGACAAAUUUGAUCAGAUUAAAUAUAAAUCCCAAUGUUCCAGUCUGAGGAUAAAUUGUCUCCCUCUCCAUCUCUCCUGUGCCAAUUGAAUGACACUCUUUAUGCCUUUGCAGACCUCUCCAUGGACCAGAGCAGCAUAUUAUUUAAAUACCAAGGCUACAAUCCACGGCUGAGUGGCACAGCAGCCUAUAAGGCAGCCUUAUUCUACCUGACUAUGCUGAUUGGGGCUGAUGGGAGUUGUAGUCCAGAACAUUUGGAGGGCACAAGGUUGGCGAAGGAGAAAGGCUCAGGGCAGACAUGAUGGCAAAGUCCCGCUUGAACCAAUCCUGCUGAUACUCAACUUCACCCCACCAGUUUAGUUCCUGCCAAUGCUUCUGCCGUGCAACACAGCUGUGUUGUGCAAGAGGCAUGCUCAGAAUCCUUGGAAGCCCUUCCCUGUGUCCUGUCUCCAUCUGAGGCCUGGCAGAUGGGCACGCAUGAUGACAUGGCUUUCUUGGUGGCCAGACCUCAUCUACAGAACACCAUGUCCUGGGAAGCCUGCCUAGGGCAAUGCUUGCCUGACUUCCUGAGCAUGACCAAAAUUUGACUUUUGGGGACUGCUUUGGGAGAUAUUGUGUUCAGUUGUUCGGAGCAUCCCUGAUACAUGCAAGCAGUAGAGCGACACAGAAGAGCAGAGCUGCACCAGAGGGAUAUGGAGGUGUUGUGCUUACACUUUCCCUUCACUUUUUGCUGAACUUUUAGAUCACCGUGUUCCGCAUGGGCUCUGAGGGGCAGCAGGAUAUUGAGAUGUCCAUCUUAACAGCUCUACUUAAAGGUGAGCUAUCCAAGCAAGAAUACGGAAAACUGAUGAAAUAUAUCACCUCCAUUUGCAUAUCCGGCUAGCAAACCAACUGACUCAUAAAUCUCUAGGUUAAUUAUGUACCAAAUGUUAAAUGUUUAUUUGGGCUCACUUAGAAUAUAGAGAAGCACAGCAUCUAGAGGUUACAUCUGCUACUGAAUUUUCCAUUACAUUCUUUUUCCUGAACUUUUCCUUCUACCCUGAGAUCAUAUGUGCUAGAAGAUAUUGUUUUUAUUUUAAUGCAACACAGUAAAUUAUAUUGAUGGCCACUUGUGGUAAAUGUUUAAAAACUGAUGGGAGGAGACGUAUGCUAAUGAAGUUUUUUGAUAAUCUAAUAUGACUCAGGACAUGGAAGAAAAGAGGAGCCCUUCUUUGGUUUUAAAAUUUGAACAUGUUUGACUCUUGGCCUGUUCCACCUUCUGCAAAUGGUUUACGCUGAAUACAGAGUCGGCACAACCAGCCACGUUGACUUUCUUCAUGCACAAUGCAUCCUCUAUGGUCUGCUCCAUGCAGCAGCGCUUGAACCAGCCAUCCCAUACACAAAGGCCACUAGGUGACCUGUAGGAGCAGUGAUCUGAUUUGCUGUGACCAAACAAGAGAACAGUGACAUAUGUGGCAGCCUGUGUCUUCCUCAGUCACCCUGCCUUUCAACUGUGAAACAGCCACAAUAGAUCACAGUGCUGCACGGUGAGAAGUAUUUCAGCAGCUUAUGCAAAAGUUCACAGUGCUAAAACGUUUUCACUUUCAACUCAGUUCUUUGGAUCCAAGCUAUUGUUUUUGACAGCAGCUGCUACAGUCACCCAGAGGCCUCUGAACACUUCAGAAGCUCCUGGAUGAGUGAGACAUUAAUGUUGCAAGCACGUGUGCCUCCCUGCAUUCAUACCUUCUGUGUCAGACGUGCAUAGCAAGCAUACCAGUGGAGACAGAGGAGAUACGCAGUUCCCCACCAAUUCUAUGUUUUCAGUUCACUCAGUUUGCCAAAGAUAGGAAAAAGACAUCUCUCAUUCUUGCCUCCCAGCUGAAGCUGUUUUUUUCUUGUAGCUUUUGAAACUAACAAUUUGAUAUAUUUCUUGAGGGAGAAAAUACUUCCAUCGUAGUGAGUAGGACUGGAGUUCUGAUUUGCUUGCUCGCUUAUUUAAUUGGCAGAAAGCUGAGAUUCUAUACACUGAGUGGUAAAUACUUGCUUGUUUGCUUAGGUACUAAUGCAUCUGCACCAGAUCAGCUGAGCUUAGCACUGGCCUGGAACCGUGUGGAUAUUGCACGCAGUCAAAUCUUCGUCUUUGGGCACCAUUGGCCGGUAAAUCUUUGCAUAGAGAGGUUAUUUGUUUUUUAAAUAAAAUAAAAUGUCACCACACUCCCACUUCUAGGUUGGACAGCCGUAUGAUUGGACAUCAGGGAUGAUUGGGCAAUUAGCAGUAGAUCAGCACGGAUUUCAGUAGCAAGUAAAGUUGCAUCAGGGUGGGGAGAAUCCUUGCAAUUGCAGGUCUUGCGUGCUAAUUGCUUCUUUCUCAGCCUCAGUGCUCCUCAACUGUAAAAUGGAAGUAUUAGGAGCACAGGAAGCUGUCUUCUACUGAGCCAGGCCAUUGGUCCAUCUAGCUUAGUGUUGUCCCCCAGAGUUUUGGGCAGAGGACAUUCUCAGCCCGACCUGGAGAUGCCAGGGAUUGAACCUGGAGCUUUUUGCAGCCCCUUCCACCAGUCUUUCACCUGGUCUACUGGCCAGUUUUUUGUUGGAAUCCCUGAUGCAGACUGAAAUGUUGAUUGGUAUAUGCAUAGGCAGGGACAUAUGGGGCUCAGCAACCCCUGAACCUCCAUUUUGUGUCCUGUUAACUGUAGCCAUUGGGAAGCCUUGCAGUUACGGAUGGGACAGCCCCAGAAAAGGAGAAGAAAUCUCCGGCACCUCAAGCAAAAGCAGCAAGAGGGAAAGGAAAAGGCAAAAAGAAAGGUGGGAAACAGAAAGAAGAACCGGAGGAAGAAACAGAUCCAAGGAAACUUGAGCUACUGAACUGGGUGAGCUUAAAAAUGGCAUUGCCCUUCCACUGCUCUGAACGCCAAUUGUCUUCACCGGUUCAUUUACUCCUUUAUGCUUUUCCAGUUUCACAGCCAAUUUCAGAUGUAUCUUUCUAUCUGUGUUGGCAGAGGAGAAGUCUCCUGAAGAACAGCCGGGCCUAAACUGCACUGUGGCUUUGGCUGCCCUUUUAAAAGAAAAGUAUUUCAGUGCACCUUUUAGCCAUCUUCAUGGUGUUGGGUUUUAGAGGCUUCACCCCCUGUUUUGUGGCUAUGCAUCACAAGAUGACUUCAGAGAGAUGCUGGUCCUUUCUGGCCUAUCACUCAUGUAUAGCUUGUGGGCAUAACGUUUCCCACCUCCAUUGGCACCAUGUGUAAAUGACAAGUAUUCCUGAAUGUGCCCUUGAGAUGUAGGCUCCAGAAGCCAGAAUCUUGACCUGAAGUGACCCUUCAUGUGCUUACAGAAUGGAUUUAUUCCAUGGUUGAUUCUCUGGGCUUUAAAACCAAAAGGCUGGUGUAAUACACAGCACCUGAACCAUGACCUUGUGGCUAUAGAAGCAAGCCACCCUUUGCACAUUUUGGAAUGCAUGUAAAACCUUUGUUUAGAUGGGCUUUUGGUGAAUCACAGAAGUUGAUUGAUCAUCUGUAGCCCUCCAGAUGUUGUUGGAUCCUGGCUCCUGUCAUCCUGGGCUGCUGGCCAUGCUGGCUGGAGUUGGGAGUUCAACAACUUCUGGGGGCCACAGCUGUUCCCAAACUGUGGUUUAACAGAUAAAUAAUGUGCUUUAUCCAAUGCCUUGUUUUAACUCCUAUAGCCCUCUGUUUUUCUUACAUUGUAGUUUUAAACUGCAUUGUAUUUAAUGGCUGGUUUUAAAUAUUGACAGCUAGGGAUGGGAGAGAAACUCCGUUCAGAUCACAUUUAAAUGUGAUCUUACCUAAUUUGAGCUUUCUGAAACAAAAGGUGAGCCAAAACACAGCCAUCCUUUGAAAUUCACACUUAUCCAAAUUUUGCAGUGGAGUUCUUUACUGAACUGUGUAAUGUAAAUGUAUUACACAUCUUAUUGAAACUAACUUACAAAAGUGCAUUAAAUAAGGGAUAAUUGCUUUGCAAAAAUGUGUGUAUGCGGGGACACUGCAUUUUAAGAGGUGCAUAGCAGGGGAAAUUUGCACAAGAAUAUUCACGAGAAGCUACUUUGAGUUUUUUAAAUCACAAACUAAUGUGGCAAUGUGGAGAGCUGAACUUAAGACUACAAAAAUGAGAAACCGAGAGAAACCAAAAUGUACACGUUGCCCAUCCUUGUUGGUAACUGCCCAGAGUAAUGCAUAAGCCUUGUGUAGGUGAGAAAUUAAUAAAUAGAUGAGAUCUGGCUCAUGCUUGUGGGAGACCUUGUGUGCUUCAAGCAUGCAGGGGAUGGGCAGGGACUGCUGCCAGGCAGGGGCGGGGGAAGGGGGUGCGGUGGGGGCAAGCCACCCCAGGUGUCACCGCUGAGGGGGCACUCACCGCGGGGCCUGUAGCAUGCCUGCAGGCUCCACGCUGCCCCAAAUGGUCUGCCCACCCAGUGGCGUCGCAAUGGGGGGCGGGGUGGUGUGCUCCCAGUGCCACAUCUCCAGGGGUGACAAGGCAGCGCCCCACUGCGGCGGCGCAAACAGCCAUCAUGCUGCCGCCGCCACAAAUGGAGGAUCCUCUACAUGACGUGCACCCGGGGGUGGGGCAUUGCUAUGUAGCACACAUGUGCAGCGUCACUACGUACGACGCAUGCGCCGUACGUAGCGAAGCCGCACAAGCACGCUACGUAGCAGUUUGCUGGCGGCGCGGUGCAGGGAUCCUCUGCUCGUGGCUGCAGCUGCAUGUAGAGGAGGCAGACUCCUUGGAGUCCCCGCGGAGCAUCCUGCCCUGGCUCGCCCCACCCCUGCAGGUGGCUGGCUCCACCCCUGGGUGCAGGGCAUGCACGCCACCCCAGGUGCCCAAUCGGCUUGCUCCGCCGCUGCUGCCAGGCAGCACUUAUCAGAGAACACUGUAGUGAGAAUCACCAUCUUCACAUGGGGACUGUCACUGUAUGACUUGCACAGUCAUUCACAGCAGCCCCCACGUGCUCCUGGUGCAUGCAUUAGGAAGUGGGGGAACCACAUGCAAAUCUGUGCUCAAUGUGAAAUAAAUGUAAUGUGUAAUGAAAUAGACCACAGGCAGUGUUAUUUUUCUGGGGAAAGAGGUGCCAGAACUCACCACAAACCCUUGUUAUCUUAGAAUGGCAAUGGCAGCCACCUGAGAGGUGCCUGAACUGAGUUCUGGUGAGUUCCAGCUGAAAAAAAGUUCUGACCACAGAUGAUGGUGACACCUUCCAAACACCAGCCUUUGGCAAAGCAGGUCUUCCAGCAUGGCGUCUUCACACUGUUUCUAUAUAUUUGGAAUGUCAAUUCAUAGUGCAUUCCAUCCUCUCUGCAGGUAAAUUCCCUAGAGCAAGCGAUGCUGGAUGCUCUUGUGCUGGAUCGGGUGGACUUUGUGAAGCUACUGAUUGAGAACGGCGUCAGCAUGCAGCGCUUCCUCACCAUCCCACGACUGGAAGAGCUUUACAACACUGUGAGCGAACUUUCUAGGAGCCCUUCCAAAGCAUAAAGGGGGCGGGUGUGCUCUUAAUGCUAGGGCAUUUUGAGAUAAUAUGCCAAGAGAUGAUAUGCGCACAGAGGCGGGAGUGCACAAUUCCCAUUGGUUGUGCUGCUCUGAUCACUAGUGCAACUGUUCCAUUUGAUUCUUCUGUUGCUCUACAUUAAAACUCACCCAUCCACUAGUGCAAGAGGACUUGCGGUAGUGGACAGAGAGUGUGGAAUGCAGCCCCACUUUUGGAAGAGAACAUGGUUUGGAGGAAUGAAGUAAAAAGCAGGAGGAGGAGUUUGAGAGAGGAAAAGUAUGAAAGGGAAUGGGCAGCAAUGAGAGGUGGACGUGGUCAGGAUCUGGUACAGUUCCCAUAUUGGUGCAAAUGGGCCUUCACCAGCCUGGGACCCACCAGAUGUUUUGAACUACAGCUCCCAUCUGCCCCACCAUCACAGGCUGGUGUAAAUAAGAGAAUGCUUUUAUUAAACCAUUCCCAGAUUAAAUAUCCUCCUGACAGUGCCUGGCCAUCUUGUCUUUUUCAGAGACUGGGUCCUCCCAAUACCCUUCAUCUGCUUGUCAGAGAUGUGAAAAAGGUAUGGCAGAAAUGUUUUCAGACUGCGAAUGGAAGCAGAGAUGAGCAAAAUGUUUUUUCACACUUAUCUCAAUUGCACAAGUCAACAGAAAAUCAUGUGUUAUUUGAUGGUGUGUCACGUGAUCUCCAAAAUGUUUCUUCACAAAUUGCAUGUUUUCUGUAAUGAUAAAGUCAGCUGCUUGCAUAUGCAGUUAUUUGGAAGUGUCGUUGCAAAAACAUGGAAUGAUUAGAAAGGAGGAUCUAAGGGAAACCAGGGUAAAAUUUGGGAAGGGGGUAAAAUGGGGGGGGGUGUAAAAUCAUUCUGCAUUUUCCCAAGAGUAGGGAGCUCCUAUUUGUCUGACACAUGAAGUAGACGUAUGUGUCAGACCCAUUGGGCCCACAAGAUACUACUUAUGGAGAGAAGAAUAUGUCAAAGACAGUUUCUCUGUUUCUCACAUUUCCAAUCUGUGUUCACUUCUCCACAAUUCCACGGCAGUUUUGAUGGUGGGGGAUCCCAAUCCUCACGAUAAUUCAUCAGCAUUUAAGCGUGGAUUUCUCUUAAUAAAAUUUUGUAUGCAGUUUUAAUUAAUACACACAUUUUGAAAGCAAUUUUCCUUAAUAAAAUGCAUCUUUUAUAUGUUAUUAUCACCAAUAUGUGCAUUUCUGUGCACACUUUCCCUCAUAUGUAUACAUUUUUGUGCACAUUACCUGGUUGUAGAACUGCAUCACAAAAUUUGGGGAAGUGCAAGUUACAAAGGAUAGCUGGGAUUCAGUCCAUGCAAUGGUUCUUGCAGUGUGAAUUAGGUUAUAAUGUUUUAUUUAUUCUUUAGGACUACUUUCGUUAUGUUGUAGUUAUGAAUUUUUUCAUGCUGUAAGCCGCCCUGAGCAUGCUUUGAACUCUGGAAAGGCAGCAUACAAAUAAAAUGAUGUAUGUAAAACCAUAAAAGAGUCACAUAUGGGUUAAGUAACAAAGUCCAAGGCUUGAAAGAAAAUAGUUGUGAAUAAAAGUUGUCUUCUACUUAUAUGGCUUUUAAAAGUGAUAAGACACAUUCAUGAAGAAUGGAAGUCUUAGAAAGCUUUUUGUUAGCGAUGAUAACUAAUGUGUGGGAAAGCCUGCGUUCAAUGGCAGGAGACUUCUGAAGGGAACAGCGAGGGGAGAUGAUGCCCUCCCUGCUGGUGAGCCCCCAGAGGCAAUGGGCUGGUUGCUGCUGAAAACAGAGAGUGAGACUACCCUGGUCUCUGGUCUGAUCCAGCAGAACGGCUCAUAUGUUCUUUGGAGAGAAGGGAGACUAGCAAAUAAGAAAGGACACCUUGCAUUCAUGGGGGUCUGGGUCAUAGCUGGUCACAUUCAUGGUGUACUAGGUGCAUGUUGUGAACUCAUAUCUCAUGUUCCAUGGCUAGCAUUUUUCAAUGUCAUUAACACAUUGUUGUAUGUUUCUCCAUCUCUCUCUCUCUCUCUCUCUCUCUCCCCCCUCCAUUGCAUUCCCAUGGCUCAUUCUCAUUCAGCGACAAACUGGGGGAUUUGGCUGGGUUAACAUGGAGGUGAAUGGCUUAGAGUGUUUCAUUUUCAUCUUAGUUAGCUAUUGUCCCAUGUUUUUGUAGACUAGACCUCAUUGCGCAUACUCGGGCACAUAAAAGACAACCAGCUUAAACAAGGAGGCAUUGUGUUCAGAUCAGAGAUUCAGGAUGCAUGCCAGAUUUUUAAAUGUAACCAUCCAAUCUUCAGCAAUAUGACAGAGGAGGUUAUACAACCUACUUGUUUGCCAAAUCAGGGCUGCAGAUUAAUCAAAAGCUUGUUUGGCAUCGAGAUGUUGUGAAUUGUUAUGAACAUGAGUUUGCUUAAUAGCACCAGGUGGUCAGAUUUCUCUGUACCAAAUGGCCGCCCUGAUACCCUUUGUGUGUCUCUGAAGAGCAGAAGUUGGGGAGGAGGGGACAGAGGAGGCAUCUCCUACCCAAACUGAGAUGGGGAGCACUGUCUUCUCCCAAGUUGUGGGAAAGGAAUCCCUUUUCUCACUCUCCCUAACCAUUAAAAAGCAGUGGGUCCCAGUUUGAGAAUCCUGAGCCACAACAUCCCGAUGGGCUGUUCACUCAGCAGCCCAUGAACAAGUGACUUCCCUGUUCUUGGAAGAGAUAUGUUGCUGCAGUGGAGUGAAUGGAUGGGGAUCAAAGGUGCUGGGAGGGAGGCUCUCUGUGUUGCCUGCAGCAGCUGUCAGAACCAAGAACACCCAGAGAUGUGUUCAGGCAUCUGCAGGCUUGUGAAGCUCAUUCACAAGCAGCUGCAUAGGCUAACACUGAAGCUAGUGAGAGGAGAGGCCGGCUGCAACGUUUUGAUAGGCACUCAACCUGGUUUUCCUGCUUGCUGGUUUUCCCAACUGUGUCCUGUAACAGCAGCUGACUACAUCACACACUCCUGCUCACACCAUCACUGGGCUACUGGAAAGGAUCAAGGUCACGGAUCCCAGUAGUGCUUUUACACAGCUCCUGCUCAUUUCAGUGAGGGUUUUUCCAGGACAGCUUCCCAUGAAUGUGUUGAUCCUUCCUUCCCCCCAUCUGAGAGGCUGGUACAAAUGUAAUAUCAACCAAGGGGAGGGGGAGCUUCCCUCUGCUGCAUUAUUGAAAGAACUUUGAACCGCCCUUAAGAAAAUUGAAUUCUUGAAUGGAUAAAAGCUCCAAAUAGACAAAAGCUGAUCAGAUUAGGUGGAAGAUGUAAAACCUAGUCAAAAUACAGCCAUUUCUAAUGCUUUCAAAGAUGCCAUUUCAUAGAGAUAAAAAACAAUGGUUUGCUACAGGGGGAGCCAUGUGGGAGAUUCCCUCUCUGGUGAAUCAGUUCUAGUGGCGAGAAUGAAAUUCUUGGUUAGUGAGUGAAGAUUUUUGACAGCAAAGGAUUUUGCAAACAAAACAUUUGUGAUAUUCCCUCCAUUUUUAAUUAUUAUUUAAAAUUGAUAAGAAAUGGGAGUUAGUCUGAGAGCCUCCUAGUCAUACCCUGGUGUAGUUCUGUUUCAGUUUAACAGAGUGAAUACAGACAACAAUUUAUUGUGUCAAUUUACCAUGGUGCAUAUAUCCAUGCAGGGAACUGUUUGUCUGCCCAUCCCCAGAAUAAGGGAAUGAGCGCUCACACCUUCCUUUGUGGGCGCCCUUUGCAGGACCACACACGUCACCUCGGCCCACAUGGGACCCACCAGCUGCUUGGGCUGGCCUGUCUCCCUGUGCUAGUCAUUGGAGGUAACAGCCAGUUCAAUCAGAUGUCAGUCCUUCUAAUUCAGAAGUCAUUUCUGCUUAGGCAUACAUUUAACCCCACUGAGUUUAAUGGGAACUACUUCCAGAGAAGUGUGUAUAGGAUUGUAGCAUUAAUCUACCAUAUAUUUUGGAAAGAUGUUUGUGUACUGUGCAUUUGGAUACCUCUUGAAAUAUCAUAACCACAUUUUGCAUGAUGGAUCCUGAGAUUAAAGAGCAGAUUUUUGUCUAUGCUUGGGUACAAUUAGACACUGUAAAUCUCAUAAAUGUGUGUCAGAUUGUGUCCUAAAUAUAUACCCUCGUGCUUACAUUUUGCUUCAAAACAAUUAUUUGGGGGUUUUCUAGGGAAAUCUGCCACCAGAUUACCACAUCAGCCUCAUUGACAUUGGCCUGGUCCUUGAAUAUCUCAUGGGAGGGGCAUAUCGUUGCAACUAUACACGAAAGAGCUUCCGAACCCUGUACAACAAUUUAUUUGGGCCAAAGAGGGUAAGAAUCUGUCAUAAAAUUGGUGUCUGUUUUCUCCUUCUGUUUGAUCUCUGCAUGCACAGCAAGUACUGAAUUUGGCUUGAUCCCAUCUUUAGCAUUCUUCUAUGAAACUAGAUCAGAUUUAUUAGAAAAGAGGUACAUGUUCCAUUGGACUGGAAGGAAGGAAGGAAGGAAGGAAGGAAGGAAGGAAGGAAGGAAGGUGUUUGCAACUGAAAAAAGAAAAUGAAAUGUGACACAGGUUGAUGGUUGGGUGCAGGCUAAGAUUGGCCUGCCUUUGUCAAAACCCCUUUAAGGAAGGGUGAAGGAGGCGUGUCUUGUGCUGUGAGUCCAUGGAUUACAUGGACCUUAAGUCUGACCCAGCAAAUUUCUUUGUUCUUAAGAGCAAAGGACCAUAGCUCAGUUGCACAGCUCAUUAGUAAAGCACAUGCUUUGCAUGCAAAUGAUCCCAGCUUCAAUUCCUGGCAGCAUCUCCAGGUAAAGAGGGAUCUAAGAGCAGGUGAUGGGGAAGACUCCCCCCUCCCCCUCCCCAUAGUGCAGGGGUAGAGAACAUUUUUCAGCCUGAGGUCUACAGUCUCUUCUGGAGCCGCAUGCCAGUGUGCUAAAUCUUGAGGUGGAGCGGGAUGGGGGGGAUAUCAUUAUGAAAGAUAGGCUUUCUUUGAAACAUGCAGCAGUAUCUGCAAUCUAGAAGAUGGACAAAAAUAACAUUUCUUCACAAACUAAAAGUUUCAUUUCUUUUUUGAAACAUGCAGCCUAAAGCUCUCAAGCUUCUAGGGAUGGAGGUAAGUCUUUUUUGUUUUUUUGUCACACAAGUUUCUUCUCUAAUUAGGGGCAGGGGGAGUAAAUUUAUCAUAUGGUAUGUUUGGGCAAGAUCCAAACCAAUGGAUUCAAAUGACAAGAAAGGAGAUACUGACUAAACAUCAGAAAGAACUUUCGGAUGGUAAGAGCUGCUUGAGAGUUUUAAAGCAGAGGUUAGGUGGCCCCCUGCCAGGGGUUCUUUAACUGUUAUUCCUGCAUUGCAGGAGGUUGGACUAGAUGACCCUUGGCAUCCCUUUCAACUCUCAAGUUCUUUGAUUCUAAAAAACCACUACCUUCUUUUUGGAUCAUCUCAUUUUGCUUCCAAGUUUAUUGGCAGGCAGCGACUUGUGUUCAAGCUGUAUGCUUUCAGGUGCAGUAGAGAAAAUCCAUAUAGACUGCUGGAAUCACAUAUAGAUAGAUUACCUCAUUUGGUCUGAUUCUUCCAGGACAGAGCAAUGGAUGCAAACCUGCAGUGAGUACUCUGGUAGCAGCUGUUCCACAUGUGCACUGCACCUAUUGCAUUUCGAAGGGAGCAGCUGUUUGCGUGCGUCCCCCCAACUUCAUCCCAUUAUGAUCCUCUUAAAUAACACAUAGGUUUUCUGGAAACCUCAGACCAACCCAUGCUUUCUGGGUGCUCCUUGAGCUAUUAGGAUAAAGGGGAGAGUGUCCCUGUGCAAAGUGUAUAAGCCUUUAUUCUAAAUGGGCAGAAGAACUUAUUGUUAUAUCACAGAUAUAAAAUAUAUAAAUACAAAGCAAAGCCAGGCGCCCUGAAAGCUGGUAAGCAGCUUUGCCGUGUUCAAAGGAGGCAUCAACAAGGCUUAAUCUUCUUUGACAUCUCUUUGUCUUUUCUGAUGAGUGCAUGACAAAGCAUUCAUCCCUCCUGAGACAGGAGAUGGCUGGGCCUAAAAAGCUUAAAAUGGGCAACAGUGGCCCAAAUCUAGAGAUAUUCCACGUGCAGCUUGCCAGGCACCAUUGCAGGGCUCGUGCCUUUGCUCCCAGGAGGUGGCAGCAUGUUCACAUGCGAGUCUUAGCAUGCCACUGCCUGUUCUGAGAGGGGUGGGAGACGGAGUCCACACAGGAAGAGACAAUGGGACUAAAUUCUGGCCACUUUAAAUAGUCCCCCAAAGAAUUCCAGGAGUUGCAGUUUUUUAAGGUUGCACUCCCUUCGAAGGAGCAGGUUCACAGUUUGGGGGUGCCUCUGGAUUCAGCUUUGUCCCUGGAGUGCCUUUCAGCAACUGCGACUGGUUUGACAGCUACAGCCAUUCCUGGACCAGCCACAGCAGUUCAUGUGUUGGUUACUUCAAGACCGGAUUAUUGCAAUGUGCAAUAAUCUAUAUGGGGCGUCCCUCACACUUGAUCUGGAAGCUGCAGUUAGUGCAGAAUGCUGCAGCAUAAUUGCUGACAGGAGUGAGGCCUUGUCAAUAAAUAACACCUGUGCUCAGAGAUCUGCACUGGUUGCUGAUUAGCUACCAGGCCAAGUUCAAGGUGUUACUAUAAGUAUAGGAAGUCCUGAACAACUUGGGACCAGUUUACCUACAGAUCGCCUUGUUGGCUUUUGCAGUAUGGUAGCGCUGCAGAGAGCUUGCUGGGGAGACCAUGCAUUAAAAAGGGACUCAAAAAUAAUUUAAACAAGGUUUUAAUAAGAAAAACAAAAACUCCUUUUACACUAAAUACAUUAACAAACAAACAUGACCCUACCACCAACCCAUCCCCCAGGGUAAUGGGAGAGCUAGGUGCUGCUCCUUAUAUACUACACCCAAUUGCCAACACAGCUUAAUCAAUACAACUCGGCAGCACCUGCUAUGUUUCACAGCUGCAAGACUGGGUCUCGUUAUCUUGCUCUGGCCCUUGCUCUGGCCCCUUAAAGACAUACACAUCGGGUGGAACAGUGAUGAACCUUUACAUUUAAAGAAACCAUUCAACAUUUCCCCUGCGGUUCAUCAUUGUGGAACAAAAACAUAAAGCAUACUUUGUACAUGUUUUUCAUGUAUACCUUUUGGAAGUGCUUUAGUAAAAAUGUCUGCAAUUUGAUUGUCACCUGGAACAUAUUUAAAUACAACCAUUUCAUCAGCAAUUAGUUUCUUUACAAACUGUAAACGUAAUCUUAAGACUUUAGUGCGCUGCGUAUUGGUUUCUGAACAUAGGAUAGCGAGUCCACUCUGGGAAUCAAGGUAAACUUUUACUGGUAGUGUUACUUGCAUCUGUAGGUCUGCGAAUACUUGCAGAUACCAUUCUACAUCACGAGUGGCCUGAACGCAUGCAUACUUUUAAUUUGCAUACCAAACCUUCAGCGGCGUCUAUGCCUUCAGGGACACGCAUAAAAAUUUGUUCUUUUAAAUCUGCAAACAAAUAUGCAGUUUUUAUAUCUAGGUGAUAAACAGAAUGUCCACGUUGUGAUGCAUCUUUUAACAAAAGCUUAACUGUUUCAUAUUUUACACUUGGUGAAUAACACAAAUCAUAAUCUUCGCCUGGAAUUUGUUGAAAACCCCUAGCAACUAAUCUAGCCUUGUACCUUACAACUUCAUUUUUGUCAUUCAUUUUAACUCUAUAAACCCAUUUUGAAUCAAUAAGUCUCAUAUCUGGGGUUUGUGGUACAAGAGACCAAGUGUUAUGCUCUUUUAAAGAAGCUAUUUCAGAGUUCAUAGCUUUAUACCAAUUUACAGCUUGGUGCUUAGGUAAAUUCUGAACAUCAUUGUAGCUUUUGGCUCAAAAACUGCCUUAUUGGCAUACACAGUAUUAAAAUGUUCAUCUGCAAAACGUUGUGGCUUCUGUCUCUUUCUAUCUGAACGUCUUAGUCCGGAAGGAGAGUCAGACUCCUCAGACUUAAUGGGACUAUGUAAACUACUAGUUUCAGGUUGUAAAUCAUCAUUGUCAGACUGAAGAGAUGCCUGUUGGCUAAGCUCACGGUCAGAAAACUCAAGAGAAUCUAACCUCCCCUCGGGUGCCUGUGUCUUUAAAUCAAACAAAUUAUCAGAUUCAACAGGCUUUUCGUCUUUUCCCAUUAAUUCAGAAGCACCAUUUCCUGCUGCUGCUGCUGCUGCUGCUGCUUCUUCUACCUCUUCUUCCUCAGUAUUAUCUAUAUCGUUAGUAUCUUGGAAAAUAGCAACGCCAUUCCAAUUUACAGUUUGUAUCAUGCUUCUGGUAAUAUGAAAUUUGCCAGUUGCUGGUAUGUAAAUUCUGUACGCCCCCUGCUGGUAGCCCAUUAAUUUUCCCUGGACACUACGUUCACCCAAUUUCUGCUUAGCGGGAUAAUGCAUUAUUACAUCUGAACCCCAAAUGCGUAGGUAUUUCAGAUUAGGGCGUUUUUAAACAGCUUCUCAUAGGGGUGACAUCUAAACCAGAAUGAUAACUGCGAUUUCUAACAUAACAAAAGGCAUUGAGCGCUUCAGCCCAAAAGUCUUUGGGCAGAUUAGCAUCGUGCAGAUAAGUUUUAACCCCUGCCUGCAGGUCACGCUGCACAACUUCAACAAGCCCAUUUUGCCAGGGACUUCGGGGCAAGAUAACUCAUGAGUAGUCCCUGCACUUCCAGGAAUUUCUCAAAAUCCUCAGAAACAAAUUACCCGCCCCAGUCAGAAAAAAGGUUCUUAAUAGGUUUGUUAAAAUUUUUUUUUUCCCAGUUGCAAAAACUUUGUACUUCUCAAAUGCUUGGGACUUCUCAGCUAUUGCAUAAGUCCAACAAUAUCUACUAUACUGGUCUAUCAGGGUAAGCCAGUACUUAGAACCUCCUAAGGAUGGUGGGAGUGGCCCAACUAAAUCACAAUGUACACGCUCAAAUGGCUCAGUUACUUUCCUAUCUGAGCACCUACCCUUGCGUGCAACCUUAAUCUUAUUCUUGCAACAGGAUAGACAUUGCAUAAAGAAUUUACAUGGUUUUAAGUUGAGGCCAUUAACAAUAUUCUUGGUCUUAAUUACAUCAGCAAAAUUCAGAUGUCCCAGAAUUCUGUGCGCCUCAUGGACACACCCAGAAUGUGGCCUUACAUUCCUCAACCCCUGGCUUGACUGUGCUGCUCUGCAAUUUAUAGGCGAUUGUGAGUAGGUGCGAAAAUACAGUCUAUAUAAACCACCAGAGUCCCGGGCAUACAAUAGACGUUUGUUCCCUUCGAAAAACUCACACAUUGACUUUAAGAAACGCACAGUUAUGCCUUGACGAGCAAAGCACCUUACUGAUAAUAAAUUGUCCACUGACAGGCAGUAAAUGCAGUUCGCUAUUGUAAUGUUUAAAGAGUCAAGUUUAACAGUACCCCUGCCAAGCGACUGCAAGACUUGUGAAUUGGCUAAAUGUACAUUACCAAUUUCCUCUUCGAAAGAAAUAAACAAGCUUCGAUCAUUGCAAACGUGCUGAGAUGCUCCUGAGUCCACAAUAAAAGAAUUCCACUUGGCACCCUUAAUUCUUUUACGAUCUCUUGUGCUAGCGUGAAAAGCUCGCGGCUCGUUUUUGUCUUUACGGUACGAUGUCGGCUGCUGAGCUGAUGACUGUGACUGACGAACAGAAACAGUCUUGGGAGUUCUUUGCUUUCUUUUGGCUCUGCAGUCCUUUGCAAAAUGUCCUUGCUUAUUGCAGAACCAACAACGCUUUGCAGCUUUAAAUGCAGUUGUAUCACCACAAGUUUGGAUAUGGUGUUCCUCAUUCUUUCUGGAAAUAGGAGUGCUUAUGGCACAAGCCUCCCUUCUGUCCAACUCGCCCAUUAAUCUUGCCGUUACCCCUUCCACAGUUAAUUGUGCUGGUGGAAUGGCAGAUAUCUGGCUAGCUACACCACCAAAGUCCUCAUUAAGGGAACAAAGGAUGAUAAAAACAUACUGAAUAUCAGGUAUCUCCAUGUCCCUUCGAAUUAAAUCGCAGCGUAUUGCCUCCAGACAUCUCAAGUGUGCUGCCAAAUCACCACCAGGCUGCAACUUCGUCUGGUACAACUGCUUGAAAAACGUCAAUGCAGACGCUGACUCUUUUCUAACAUGCACUGCUGCAAGACUGUCCCACAUUUCUUUGACAGUUUUCUUAUUUCUUAUAUAGACUACUUGCUGGUCGCUGACUGCCAAAUUAAUUAUCGCCCUGGCUUUCGCAUCUCCUUUCGACCAAGCAUUAGUCACAGGGUCAGGAGGGUCAUCAGUUACAUAGGUCCAUACUUCUCUAGAGGUCAAAAGCGCCUCCACCCGAAAAGACCAUAAACUAUAGUUCUCAUCUGUCAGCUGUGGGAAGACCAGAGCCUUCUCAGCUUCAGGAACCCGGUCAACCAUUCUGGAACUCUUCCAGACCCACAGAACUACGCUAACAGGAGAAGGAGUUUUCAAACCUUUCUCAGAGUCCAAAAAUAUGCAGUCAUCCACUCAGCAGCUGGGCCCAUAACCAAAGAUGUUGGCUUUUGCAGUAUGGUAGCGCUGCAGAGAGCUUGCUGGGGAGACCAUGCAUUAAAAAGGGACUCAAAAAUAAUUUAAACAAGGUUUUAAUAAGAAAAACAAAAACUCCUUUUACACUAAAUACAUUAACAAACAAACAUGACCCAACCACCAACCCACCCCCCAGGGUAAUGGGAGAGCUAGGUGCUGCUCCUUAUAUACUACACCCAAUUGCCAACACAGCUUAAUCAGUACAACUCAGCAGCACCUGCUAUGUUUCACAGCUGUAAAGCUGGGUCUCGUUAUCUUGCUCUGGCCCUUGCUUUGGCCCCUUAAAGACAUACACAUCGGGUGGAACAGUGAUGAACCUUUACAUUUAAAGAAACCAUUCAACACGCCUUACCCCACAUGUGCCAAAUCGACCUAUCAGCAGAACUGGCACUACUACAGGGGCCACAUAAUAGCCCUUCUGUAUUGGGGAAAACUUGAUCAUUUAGUGUGGCAAUGCGUAUACUUUGGAACUCCCUGACUCUUGAGAUCAAGCAGAUGCCUUCACUGUACAGUCAUACCUUGGUUUUCUAACAGCUUAGUUCUCGAACAUUUUGGCUCCCAAAUGCCACAAACCUGGAAGUGAGUGUUCUGGUUUGCAAACUAUUUUUGGAAGCCGAACGUCCAAAAGCCGAACGUUCCACGGCUUCCGAUUGGCUGCAGGAGCUUUGGUUUCUGAACGUUUUGGAAGUUGAACGGACUUCCGGAAUGGAUUCCGUUUGACUUCCAAGGUAUGAAUGUACUCUUUUCGCCCCCUGAUAAAAACAUUAUUGAUUAGGAAGUUGAGGUAAUUUUAAUCUGUUUAACUUUUGUAUGUUUUAAAGUAUGGUUGUGAUUUUUUCUUGAUUUUACUGUUUUACCUUUUGUAAGUCGUUUUGAGGUAGUUGCUUUUGUUACAAUCAAAGCAGUGUAUAAAUUUUAUUAAAUUAAAUAAAUAAGGGUUUCUAGGAUACCCCUGUUCCCCUCAGAGAACUACAACUUACAAAGUGAUUUAACAACCAAUCCCUCUUCCCAGGGAGCACUGAACUGUAACUGUGAGGGGAAUAGGGGUGUCCUAACAACUCUCAGCAGCCUGGUAGGUAAUUCUGGGACUUCCACGUGUUCUCCCCGUUACCCACUGAAGAACAAUAACUGUGGAAAGCCUCCCUGUUCUAGGCUGUCAAGAAAUGGUUAGUAUUUGGUAUUUCCCCUCUAAUUAUGUUUCCCUGCCCCGCCCUUAGCUGUGGCUCCACUGCCCAUACUGUCUUUCUGUUACCUCCUUCCUCAUUGCCUCCAGUUCCAGUCGUCAUGCUCCGUCCUCCUUCCCCAUUUAGGAGAUGGGAUAGUUCUCCCUUUGCUGGGUCCUCUGGAGUAAGAUCUCAUGUUCAAAGGUGAAAUUUCCAUUCAGCCUUCUUCAAGACGCUCUUUGUCGCCGCCUGCUUUGCAUGUGACUUGGCUUGCCCAUGUGCUCAUUCUAGCCUUUCUCUGCACCAAGAGUGCCUGCGUGACUCAAUCACACUUGAAACAGGGAUACAGCAGGAUCAGCCAUGCCUAGCAAGGGCUGGUUGAAAGGGCCCCAAGCCAGAUCAGCGAUUCAUCCAGAGACAGAAUAGGUAACCCCCUUUAAAGGCAAAUAGUUGUGUUGCACCUCUGCACCAAAAGGCCGAGCCAUGUGUGAUGCUGAGAUGCAAUAGUAUGACCUGUGUCCAGCAGAGGCUGCCUGGAAGGCAGUGGGAAGGGGGCAGAUAAUCAUGCAGAGAUGCAGGGGGUCAGCCUCAUUUACAGAGGGCGCUUUGAGCUCACAGAAGCCUGUAGAUCAGGGGUGCACAACCUGCAGCCCUCCAGAUGUUGUGGGACUACACCUCCCAUCAUCCCUGAUCACUGGCUAUGCUGGCUGGGGCUGCUGGGAGUUGUAGUUCAGAAACAUUUGGAGGGCCACAGGUUGUGCACCCCUGCUGUAAAUAAUGAAUGGAUUAAUUUCUCAGAGAUCUCCAGCAGUUCUCUCAUGGCACUACAGUGUACCUCAGCCACAGUUUGGGAAUUGCUGGGUCAUUUAUUUAGAAACCUGUUAUUUAGAAGGUUUAGGUCCUUUUCCAGUGAUUUCAUUUGAACUCCAACAUCAUGUCAAAUGAUUUGAAGGUAGGAUGACUGAUGCAUCGGUCUGAAGGACCUGCAUCUGUCUAUGUGCCGUUUGCACAGGUAACAUCAUAAGCUGUGAUACCCACAAAAAAGCACAUGUUGUGAAUUUGCAGUGACGCUUUGCAUGGAAGCAUUGUCAUCGCCAUAAGAAGGCACUCUUGUACUAACAAUUCAGGCGCAAUGAUUUUGCAUGCUUGUAUUUCCCGCUUAACCUUCAACUUAACAGCAGUGCAUGGCCUUUUCCUUAAGCAUCUAUCUUUAUUCAUGGGCACAACCUGUAAUAAUCUGCAGGAAUGCCAGUAAAAUGUAGCCUAAAUGUGAAAUUAACUCAAUUGCUCCUUCCUAGGAUGAUGAACCUCCAACCAAAGGGAAAAAGAAGAAGAAGAAGAAGAAGGAAGAGGAGAUAGACAUUGAUGUGGAUGACCCAGAAGUCAGCCGCUUCCAGUACCCCUUCCAUGAGCUCAUGGUCUGGGCAGUGCUGAUGAAGCGGCAGAAGAUGGCUCUCUUCCUUUGGCAACGUGGAGAGGAGACCAUGGCCAAGGCACUGGUGGCCUGCAAACUCUACAAAGCCAUGGCCCACGAGUCUUCAGAGAGCGAGCUGGUGGAUGACAUCUCUCAAGACCUGGACAACAACUCAAAGUUAGUCACCCAGAGUGUAGGGCUGGACUGUGUGGUGUAGCGGUUAGGUUGUCAGACCAGGACCUGGGAGACUAGAAUUGAAAACCCCACUCAGCUAAGAAGCUCAUUUGGAUGACGUUGGGCCUGUCCCUGGCUCUCGGUCUAAGUUGAGACCUUCUGAGAUAAGGCCCUUCUCCAGUUCCUGUUCUGCUUUUUUAUAUUUAUAUAUUCUUAGUAUAUAGUUUAUAUUUAUAUUUUCUUAGUAUUAAACAUGAACCUGCCCCAAUGUUACAAUGAUCUACUGACUGAGUCCUUCAGCUCUCUCAAGUUGAAUCAGACAGAAGGGUCUUCUCUGUUGUGGCCCCUGGCUCUUGAAUGUCCUCCCCAGGAAGUAGCACCUGGUACUGAACCUGAAGUCCAUUCAGAUCCAGCUGAAGACUUUACUUGCCCUGGUCUUCCAGUACAUCCUCAAGACUGGUUUUAAUAAGCAAUUUUAAUAGAUUUUACUGGCUUUACUGCUUUGACCUGUUGCAUUGUUCCUGUGAUGUUAUUUUUACUGCCGUGUUUAAUUUGUUAGCUGCUAGCCAAUCUGGCAUUCUUUAUCUCUCCAGAGAUUUUGGCCAGCUUGCUGUUGAGCUGCUGGAUCAAUCAUAUAAGCAUGAUGAGCAAGUAGCCAUGAAACUUUUGACAUAUGAGCUGAAAAACUGGAGCAACUCUACUUGCCUGAAACUUGCAGUGGCAGCAAAGCACAGGGACUUCAUCGCACACACCUGCAGCCAGAUGUUACUGACAGACAUGUGGAUGGGGAGGUUGCGCAUGAGGAAAAAUCCGGGCCUUAAGGUAGGCAUGGACUGCUUAGGCCUUCAGGCACCUGGGCUUGCUAUAUAGGAGGGAGGGGGAAUGUACGUGUAUGGAGGAGAAUAGUAUCGGGGGCAGGAAUAAUACCUCCUCCAGACCACAGUCCUGCUCCAGUUCCCCCUCCCUUCAAUACAUGCUGGCUUAAACAAAUAGAACCACGAGACAGGUGAUGUGAUCACGGAUCUCCAAUCAGACAUCUCCAGGAAUUUCUAGUUUGGCCCUGAGCUGCAUCCUAUGCAACUAAACCAUAAAUUUCAAAUCAUAAAUGGCUCUUGCCAUGCCCUGAACCACCCUUCUUCCUCUCGUGCAGGUUAUCAUGGGGAUCCUCUUACCUCCCACCAUCCUGUUCCUGGAGUUCCGUACCUCUGAUGACUAUUCCUACCAAACGUCAAAGGAAAAUGAAGUCGGGAAAGAAAAAGAGGAAGAAAAUGUGGUCAGUGGCAGCCCAUCUCUAUAAGCCUCUCAACACCACAAACGUGUCUCACCUUUAUUCCCUGUUUAAUAGUCAUCAUGGCUUCCCCAAUUGCCAAGAAUGCUGAGAAUUGUAACUCAGUCAGGGAUGCUGAGGAUUUUGUAUUUGAGAUUCUUGCUCUUCCUCAGAACUUCAGCAAGUUCCAAGGAAGGAUAUUGUCAAUCUUUGUUUCUCUCUGUUUUCUUAUUUUUCAACCUUAAAUUCAGUGCUGCACGUUUCCCCAGCAAUCUGCUGAGAAAAUCUCAUGAAAAUCCAUCAACAUUCUAGUGUGAAUUUCCUUUGAUGAACACAUUUUUAUGCAGUUUUGAACAAUAUACACUUUGCAAACAUUUCCCCCUAACUUAAUGCAUUUUGAAAUAUUUAUUUCAAUAAUAACUGCAUUUCGAUGUGCAUUUUCCUCUACUGUUCGCAUUCAUUGCUUUUGUCCCACUGUUGUUGUUGUUUUGGCAAACAGGCUUUGCAGGUUUUUGAAGCAUGAACAACCUGACUACAGACAAGUCUACAUACCUUAAGUCAGCCUUUCUCAACCUGUGGGUCCCCAGAUGUUGUUGAACUACAACUCCCACAUCACCCCUAGCUAGCAAGGCCAGAGCUCAGGGAUGAUGGGAGUUGUAGUCCAACAACAUCUGGGGACCCACAGGUUGAGAACCGCUGCCUUAAGUAAUGAAGGUUCUAGUAUGGCUCUUACAACUGAAUAAUAUGUGCAUGUAGAAAAACAAGCAAACAAGCAAACAAGCAAGCAAGCAAGCAAGCAAACAGGACAGUUUGUCUAUGUUCAGACAUUUUCUCUCCCCACCCCCUUUAUAACCUUGAAUGGAUGAGAGCCCUCCAGUGGGAACAAUCUAUGAUCCUAAGCUACCUGUCUUUCAGGAUGCAAAUGCUGAUACUGGUUCCCGAAAGGGAGAUGAAGAAGAUGGGAACAAAAAGCAAAGGAGCCUUCCCAUUGGAACAAAGAUCUACGAAUUCUAUAAUGCACCAAUUGUGAAGUUCUGGUUUUACACAGUGAGUGAAAAUUAUUUUCAUCCUUUGGUGAAAACAAGAUGUUCCAUUCUCUCCUGCUGAUGUAAUGUGUCACUGCUGACCAUUAGCCAGGCUGAUGGGAACAAUGGCCUAGAACAUCUGGAAAGCUCAGUGUUGUGGUAGGCUGGCCUCUCACUUCUUUAUUCCCUACUCCAAAAUUACUGGUAAUUACUGGUUUCCAAAACACAACAAAAAAUUGUAAAUGGUAGGGUGGGGGAAGAACCCUGCUCUGGGUUUCUAAGCAGAAGUGUCAUCAUCAUUGUGCAACCAACAUCCCUACAAAUGAAUCAACCCAAAAAUGCAGCGUGGGGUCUCUUUUUAUUUCUUUUUCCAGAUAUCCUACCUAGGGUACUUAAUGCUGUUCAACUAUAUAAUCUUGGUACCGAUGGAUCGUUGGCCCUCACUCCAGGAAUGGGUUGUCAUUUCAUACAUUGUGACUCUGGCAUUGGAGAAAGUAAGAGAGGUAAUUUCAACCAUUCUGGCAACUGUUCUUUUGAAAUUCUCCACCUGCUCUGAUGUCACAAGAAAGGAGGAAAGCAGUUAGGGAUGCAAAAGCCACUCCCCCUGGCAUAAUCCUACAAUCCACAUGUUCACUGGGGUGUCUGAAUGCCCAAGGGACCUGAAGUAGGAUAAACCGGCUGUAAGAAGCUAAUAAGUCUCAAGCUUCUUUCUCCCAUUACCACGUUAAACACCUUUCUUUCUCCCUUCCCACCACUUUGUUUUCAGAUUUUGAUGUCAGAACCAGGUAAACUGAGUCAGAAAAUAAAAGUGUGGCUACAAGAAUAUUGGAACAUCACUGAUUUGGUUGCUAUUUCUGUGUUCUUGGUUGGGGCCAUUCUUCGUUUGCAAAACCAGCCUUAUAUGAGUUAUGGAAGAGUUAUCUACUGUGUGGAUAUCAUUUUCUGGUACAUCCGAGUACUGGACAUCUUUGGUGUGAAUAAGUACCUGGGGCCUUAUGUCAUGAUGAUUGGAAAAAUGGUAAGUAACUAUGUUUUGAAACAGAGAGGGCAGGUGUCAUGGCAGGUAUUAAAGAAAGGCAGAGUGGCGCUGCAGCUUAUCCGAAAGCAAGAGGCCCUAAGAAACUGAAUAGAGAACUGGAUACUUACUGGAGGACUAGGAGCCAGAGAGAAUUGUUAUAACCCCAUAUGAAUCGGGGUAUUUCUGUGCAAUGUUUCAUCAGAUGGCUCUCUGCAACCUUAGCCCUCCAUUUUAGCACAAAUUGAACACUGUUGCAAGGGUUUGCUAACAGAAACUUGGAGACAUUAAGGUCACGAUCCAGCCAAAGUGAUGCUUUUUUAAGAUCCAUUGAAGUUGAUGGGAAUGUUAAUGAUGAUUUAAAACUUUUAUAGCCCAGCUUUCAGUUUUUUAAAAAAAAACUUACAACAUGACUUCCAAUUUAAAUGAUAACUAUAUCAUCAAAAAUACAUUGCAGUUUUUGUUUUUUUUAGCAGCAGUCAGAAACAAUCAACUGUCAUUAUAUGUGACAGGCAAAUAAAAGCAUUAAAGCUGGUUCCUUGAACUCAUAAACUUUGGUUCCAGAUAAAUAAUCCUGGGGAGACUGUUUCAUAAUUGAUAUGACACCACUGAGAAGGCUCUUUCCAUAGCAACUGCCCACCCCCAGUCACAGAAGAGGGGGCACCUAGAAGAUUAACCAAAUUAUAUUUUAAAGGUUUCCAUAGGAGUACAUUGUCAUGCCCUGAGAGUUGGACAGGUAUUAACGAGGUGCAGAUCUGAGGUCUGGAACUGAUUGGCUUCAUAGGAAGUGAUUCAUAAAUGAAAUAUAUAACAGAUCGUGUUCAUAUUGUUUUUCAGUAAUUUCUACGCUGAUCCUUUCUUGAUAUGUUGCUCUACGCUCUUUCUUGGUGUAGAUGAUUGACAUGCUGUACUUUGUGGUUAUUAUGCUGGUGGUCCUGAUGAGCUUUGGAGUUGCCCGUCAAGCCAUCCUGCAUCCCGAUGAGCAGCCGUCUUGGAGACUGGUCCGCAACAUCUUCUACAUGCCCUACUGGAUGAUCUAUGGAGAGGUGUUUGCUGACCAGAUAGACCGUAAGAACAGAAUUCAUAGUAAGAUUCUGUUUCCUGUUUCUGAGGCAGAUGAUCGGGUCCAAAUUAAUCAACAUUUAAUUUGGAAUCGGCAUCACUUUUUCUACUUACGAUUAUUGCAGCUUUGUCUUUGUGGCAGACAUGAUUGAACUCCUCUGAACUUUGCCAUCACCCUCAAUCAAUUCCCUUUAUUUUGUAGGUUAAACAGAAAGAGCAUGCAUAUCUUCUUCUUCUUCUUGUUGCUGCUGUCAUUACAAUUAUUUAUUGCCCACCCUCCCAGGAGAGGUUGUGGCAAUUUAAAAUUCAGAAUGACAAACAGUUAAAGCAGAUUACAUAUUAUAGGGUGGUUCCUGAAAACACACAUUUCAUGUGUCCAGAGACCAGGGCAAAGAGGCACAUCAUCAGCAUUUGCUGAAAGAUGCAUAAUGAAGGUGCCAGGCACACCUCUGCAGAGAGGGAAUCCCUUAGCUUAGGGGCUGCAACAGAAAAGGGUGGGGUGCCACCAUCACCAAAUUUCAGAGGAAUGUGGAACUACCACUAGGGCUCACUCUGCUGAUCUCAACACCUAGAAGGGUCUGUACAGAAGGAGACAGCUUCUCAGAUAUUUGGGGCCAAAGCCCUUUAGGGUUUUGAACACCAACAUGAGCCCCUUGAAUUGGGACCCAGAAAUGAACCAGCCUUGUAGCUUGUCUUUGUGGCGGACAUGAUGAUCUCUUUCAAACUGUCUUCCCUUUAUUUUGCAAGUUAAAAAGAAAGAGCAUUCAUAUAUCCCUUCCCUUUUACAGAAAACCUCUUUUCUGUCAGCAAAUCUUAGGCAAAUUUGUGUUAUGGACCUGUGUGCAUCUUGAGUCUUUUAAGAACCUGAUGAUACAGUCAACAGGGGGAGGAAAUAGUCCCGUGAACACACCGUUCUCUAGUGAAGAAGCCCUGCCUGUCAGAGGAAGCUUUUGUGUGCCCUACACAGUUAAGGAGCAGCUGAGCAUUUUUGCACAAUGAAAUGAGCAUCAAGGAAAUCACCACCACCAUAUUCUUUGUGAAUGACCCUUGCAUUUCUUUCAAGUGGGGUUGUUCAAAAACCAUUGUCUCAUUUAUUUAUUUUUAAUGGCAUGACUGAAGGUGCGAGCCUUCUGCAUAGUUUUAAUUUUUUUUAAAAAAGAACACCUCAAUUUAACAUGGUGUGCAUAUUUCUAUAGAAAUCCAGCUUUUUACGGUUUGUAGCCUUCUUGGCUUUACAGUGUGUGACUGAUGCUUGCUGAAAUCUUCCACUAGCAGCUAUUCCUCUCUCCCUUCUGGACCUGAGCCGUGUAGCGCCCCUGACCCUUGCUCUAGCCUGAGAUCCCUCUCUGUGAAGCAGAUCUAGACUCAAGAGUGUGUUUCCAGAGAGCAAAAAGUGUUCCCAGGGCAGCCACACUGUCCAUCUUGUGCAAUUGCCUUGUGGUGCUUUGUGCUUGUGGUGAGAGUCUGCCCACGUCAUCCUUACAUAAUUGAAAUAGCUUGAAUAUUUACAUGAUCAUCUGCCAGCUGCUUUUUGUAAUUAUCUUUUGAUUGCCACAAAUGCGCUGCCAUACAUAAUGUUUCGGAAAGUCCAAGAGAAAAGGAAAUUGCAAGGCUUUCUGGAGUCCUGACAAGAGCCAUUGUUUCAGAGCAUGUCUCUUGUCUGUUAAAACAUUUGAAGGCCUUAUCUUUCUCUGGCAGCUGAAGAGCAACCAUAUUGUCAGUCACAUGUGUGUUUUUCCUUCCCUACUGUUCUCUUGUUCUUUUAUCCCUUUUUAAAAUGCUGCUUUUUGCAUUUUUAUUCUUUGCUUUCGGAACGCUGGGUAGUCUAUGCCAUGGAAAUUAACCGUAAGUCUUUGCAGGGAGUUGACAAAUCAAUUAAAUGUUUUUAUUGGUGGAUUCAACCCCCCCCCGUGACCCUUUAAUUAGAGUUCAUCUCAGCUUUAGUGCAAUACCUGCCACUGCCGUGUUGUCAUGACCUGGUCCCCAAAAUCGCCACCAUCUAAACACCUCAUACACCCACCUUUGCCAGCUGAAGAUUUGAGGUGUGGGUCUUGACCCAUCAGAAACCCAAAUUUUGCAACAAAUCUCUGCAGCAUCUUAGACAACCAGGGCAGGGUUUAGACCUAUGCUGUUUCCAUAGCAAUAGUCCAAAAUCCCCAGAAGAGGCUUUUUGUGUGAUUGCUUUUAAAAAAGUUCCAAUAUCUGUGAUAAAGGAAGUGAAUCUUGGCUCUGUAAUAGUCAUAGCUGUCAACUUUCAGAUUUGAAAAUAAGGGAUCAGCAGCCUUGAAAAUAAGGGAUCAGCAGCCUCACCUGUCCCGGGGACAGUCUACGGGAUAACAAUCCAGGAUAGCAGCGGGAAACGGUGCUGGAAUAAGGGAAUUUCCUGCAAAAAAAGGGAAGGUUGACAGCUAUGGUAAUAGUAUGACUCUGAAUGUCUUUAAAGGAGCCUGCUUCUGUGAGAAAGGUGCUUCACAGACCCAUUGAAAUGGCCCUAAGUUGGUCCUGUCUUAUUAAUUUCAGUGGACCUACUCUGAGUUAAACGUACACUGACCUGGGUACCCAAUUAGUUCUAGUCCCAGCCAGUAAAACUGUGCUUUCAGAUGACCUAAUAAGCCAGUGAACUCUAGACUGUGCCAGGCUCCACCCACCUUGUUAUGCCCUGGUCCUGCCCACAAGCCAACAGGCUGCACCCCCUCCCCUCACAUUCUGCCCUGACCUGCCAGAUUUCACCAGUCUGCCCCUUACCAGAUUUGGCCCCACAGAGUUGAAUUCCUAUGGAGGGUGGGGGGCUGCUAUUUUUUGAAAUCAGAAAUGUGCAUGAGAGGGAGAAGGUGGUUGUUUGUGCAAACCCACCUGGGUGUGUUCAGAGGCUGGACUGCCCCACAAAAAGGACAGUUACUCAAGCAUGUACCCUGUGCCCUACAACAACCUUGGGCUGGGUCCCUCUGAUUUCUACCUUCCCCCAGUUACACAGAGCCCUCACUGUAUGUGCUCCAUGUUGAAUAACCAUAAGCCAAUUCCAUCCUCAGCUCCGUGUGGGGAAAACCUUUAUGAUGAGGAUGGCAAGCGUUUCCCCCAGUGCAUCCCUGGCGCAUGGCUGACUCCCGCAAUCAUGGCCUGCUACCUCUUGGUAGCCAACAUUCUCCUGGUCAACUUGCUGAUUGCUGUUUUCAAGUGAGUGUUUUGCUUAUGAGGGAGAUACUCACUCUGGAUUCCUUCCUACUGUGAAGAAGUCUGGUGGAGUUUAUUAGGGGGACCCUGAGAAAGGUAGGUGAAGGAUCAACUGUGGCCAAAGAGAGUGAGGCGCAUGCACAAGAAAUGUCAGUUUUCCUCAAUUUGGAAUUGUUUGUGCUCUUCAUGAGCAUGCUGCUUUCGGUCUAGAUGCUAUCACCCUGCUGUCAGCAAGGGGGGGGGGGUUGGAUACUUAAUACACACUUGAAAACCCUCCCCUUGGUCAGGUUAUUCAUGCCUUUUCCUCCCUGCACAUGUCCCAGGGAAAUAGAAAAGCAAGGAGUGACUGUGAUCUUGGUACACACCAGACUUUGGGCAGGUGAGAAUACACCCUGGCAUUGCCAGGGCUGCCUACAUCCAUCUGUUUUCUGAUUAAAAUUUUGCAGGUUAACGCAGAAGCAACCUGCAAUGAACAUUUCUUUUCAGAAUGAAACCAGUUUCCCAAGAAGCCCUUUUCUGGGGUGAAGCAUAUGCAACAGAUCUAGACUGUGUUUGGACUGUGUACUCAAUCUCCAUUGAUUCUAGAAUAAAGUGUUGUGUGUAUGUAGGGCAAGGGCAAGGGAAGGGUAGAGCUUCAUCUGUUUAGAUUAGGACUGAAACAUCUGUGGGCUUCCAGGUAGGAGCUGUGGUCCAGCAACAGCAGGAAGACCACACAAGUUGCCCUCCCUGGGUUUAGAUGAGCUGCUACUAGCAUUAGGUCUCAUAUGGCUGCUUGCUUUAACACGUACACACAAGCGGGGGAGGUGCCUAUAUUUACUGCUCAAUCACACUGUUAUCUUUUGCUGCCAGUAUCCAAAACUGGAUUGCGGGUGGGUGUAGAUCCAUGCCAUUGUCCUGGGCACUGUGCCCGGUUUGGGUGCUGUCCUUUGAAAUCAGACUUGCUCACAAAGCUAUCUUUUAUUUUGCUAUCUACAGUAGAAUAUUCAAUAGCUGAAAAGGUCGUGCAUUUUAAAAGGAGUCACAUGCCAGUUGCAGAGCUAAAUUUAAAAGGGAAAAAAGAAGAAGAGAGAAAGUGAUUCUCUUGCAUGCACAAUGGUAGUUAUCUGAAGGGACUGCAAAUAAAAUCAACAUUGUAGGAAGUAGGUCAUGCAGUUAACCCAUCCUUGCUUGGUAGUCACAGGGAUGGGCCAUGCUUUGUUGCACUGCCAAGGCUUCUCUUCUCCUGCAGUAGACUUGGGGGUGCAAUUUGUUGACUCUCACAAAAAUGAAAAGAGACAGUGCAAGAACAGUGAAAGGAUCUACAUGGCCAAACACCAUUGCACCAAAUUGUCAAGUAGUAAAAUAUAACCAUCACCAUUAGGGAUGAGGGAGAAAAACAAUACACAAGCUGAAAUGCAGCUACCUUUCAAAAUUUGCAUUUCUCCAGUACUUCUACAGCCAGUUUUUGGCAUCUGUCAAGAGACAAUGGAGUGUGCCUCUGUGGGUGAAGUCCAAUGGCUGCAUUAGCAGCACUGAAGUGACCUCCCUGGGGUGCAAGCCUGGACAGUGUGUAUGGAGGCUGCCUCUGGCUGCCCAGAUCACAAGACAACCCUCUUGGCCUCACUGAUGUGGUCCAAAGGAAAGCAGAGCAAGAUGUUUGGCAGUAGCUUGGCUGCAGGAGUUGCCAGAAGGAGGUGUACAAGAUACCAUCCAACCGUCUUACGGACUCCACUCCAGAUUUGUGUAGGGUUUACUCCUUAGACUUUUCUUACUUAUCCUACAAAGCAGUGGAGGUUUAGAAUCACAGUUUUCCUUCUCCUAGAAGGGCUUCCUUCCCAGGUUGACAAGCCCCAUCUGCCCCUCACUUCCCUCUACAGGACAAGCAGAAACCACCUUAUUGGCCAUUGGACCCACUCUUGCUUUCAUCUGCUCUGCUCCAUCCACUGGAGCCUGUCUUCACAUGCAAGGGAAGUGUCAUAGACUGGCAGGGUGCUGAGGAGUGUAUACCGGGGGAAGCAGGGCUGGAUUCUGACCCAGGAGAGGCAGGAGGUUUGUGAGGGCCUAUACUAGCUGGGAGGUGAGAAUCAGAGGCUGAAGAAGUUUCAGAGCUGGAGAAAGAGGAGGAAAAGGCAGGCCAGGCAAGUGAAGGACGAAUUGCUUCCCCACCCUCUCCUGCACCACUGUCUCCCAGAAUCAGGAGGGAAUUGAAGUGGGACGAGCAGAGGAAGUUUCCAUGCAGGCAGAGUCUCUGGCUACAUGAGCACAGCCCAACUUGGAAAGGUACAUAAAUUGGUAGGGGUGGAACUGGGAGUAGCUGCCUAGAUACCAGAUUGAUGUGUGUAGGUAUCUGGAGCAGUAGAAGCAAAGCAACUAUGUUAUCUUUGACAAUAAAGAGUGAACUCUCUGCCAUGCACAUUCCUUUGUCUGGAAGCACCCUUGACAGAAAUUCCCUAACUCACCAAGGUUUUGAGACCCAUCAGCUACCUUCAUCUGGUUUAGCUGGCCAGUUAAAACCCUUCCUGGGUUGUGGCUGCUGUUGCAUGCUGACAGCUUCUAGGAGCCACCAGUGAGAACUGAGUGCAGGAUGGGGACCAAAGGUGGACAAACAAACCCAGAAGGAGCACAAUGUGUCCCCCACCUCAGGCUGUUGGUCUCAUUAUAAUGGUUCUAGGGGUUGCUCGUGCAUAAGCUUGUCCCAACCUCUGGCUGGGUUGCCCGAGUGAACCUUUCCUGUCCGGGCAGCCACUCGCCCGUGACUGUCUCAAUCCCUGGCAGAAUCCGUCAGUGGGCGUUUCUUAAACUUCUUCCAGCAAAGAAGCUCUUUGACGCCAAGUCUCCUCCUACUCUCCCUGCGCGGAAGCCUUCUGCGCAAGGAGGGCGUAGGCAGUGGAGGACCCUUCCUCUCCCCGCUGGUCCCCGGCAAGGAGUCAUGGGACCGCCUUGCCGAUUCCGCCAUCUGCCCCCCUUCUUCACUGGAGCUACGUUGAUUCUCUUCCCCAGAAGACGGGCUGUCUCUCCCACUCCCGGGACGCUCUCUGGGAUCCCUUUGGAGCUUGCUCUCUCCCUCGGGCACUGAUGGCAGUUCCCUGACACUCAUGUAUUCCCAUUCCUGAAGAGAUGCAAUUGCUAUGGAUUUCCAAUCAGAUUCCCGAGAGUAGAUUGAUCAGUGUGGUCUUCCCAGAGGCAAUACUCGGUCAGAGUUUUGGACUUGACAAAAGGGAUAUGUCUCCAUGGUAAUUAAGAUGGCCCAAAGAAGCUAGGAGAUGGUUAGAGAAAAUGACGCAUCCUUAUUUUUUCCUCUAGCUGGGGGUGGCAGAACAAGCUACCUGUGAGUAACAGCAGAUUAAAGUUUGGUACUAAGAGAGCUGAAACAAGAAAGGGUUUUGGGUCACCUGAAAGACUAACAAGUGUAUCAUGGCAGAAGCAUUUGUGGACUCAAACCCAAUUGCCUAAGUUCAGGAACACUUGCGCCAUAACAAAUUUGUUAGACUUUAAGGUGCCACAAGACACUUUCAUAUUUUUGCUACCAGAGCGUAACACAGCUGCCCCUCUAGAAGUGUUUUUCAGAGAGAAGUGUUUGGGAUCUAUAAGCAAACAGCUUCUGGGGGUGCUAGCUGCCUCUUUCCAGGUCUGGUGUGGGGGCAGUGGACUUCUGUGCUUCUACCUAUGCUUAACCUGUCCACUUGUGAAUAAACUCAAAUACAAAAUGCCAAUAUGCUUCCAGUAACCUGGUUUAGCACACACCCUGCACUAUUGGCAUGCAGCCCCCAACAAACUGACCCCAGGGGAAUGCAGUCCUCAGCAGGAAAAGGGUUCCCUGCCCAUUUUCUGUGAACCAAGUUCACAGAAUAUAUUUCUGAGAGAGAUUUGCAAACAUUGCUAUUUAGGUCAGUCUGAUCAGCAUUUUAAAAAGCAAGACAAUGUAGAGCUUCUAUGGGCUUUGAUGUUACAAAGGGCCUUUCAUGAGUUGAAUGUUUAAUGUCACAUCAAACGCCAGGAGGUGUUUGCAAUGCUCAGUUUGAGCCAUGCUUCAAAUAAUCAGCCCCAAAAGAAAUGAUAUUUUGCAGAGGUCCUUUGUCAGUGGGCAACUGGUGCAACUCUCUCCCCAGUGGUUGCCCUUCUAGUCCAUACUGAGACAUUAUCUGGGUAUGAGAGCAGCAAUUGUUGGGCACCACCCUACUCUUGAAAUCUCAAUAGAACAAAUCUGCCCAUUUCAGUUCCUCAUUUUUCCAAUCUGAAGUUCAAUUUGCCUCAUUUCUGCAUCAAGUUAGGGAUUUCUCUUCCGUCUGCACUUUUGUCUGCAUCCCUUGAUGAAUUUUGGACAUAAUUUUACCGAAUAUAUGCAUUUAUGCAAGCAGUUUUCCCAAUAUAAUGCAUGUUUUUAAGGUUAUUUUCACUUACAAGAUGCACUUUCGUGCACACUUAUUGGUUGGAGAAGUGUCUUGCAAAAUUUAGAGAAGUACGAAUUUCACAGGGUAGCUGUACUUCUAUUUGCUUAUUGUUUCAGAAAGUGUGAAUUAGGAAGGUUAACUAUUGCAAACUGAAUCAAUCCCCUUCAGUCCCUAAGCUCAAGGAGAACUGGUCCCAGAUCUGUUGGAUCUGCACUAUCUCUGAACGGAUGCCAUCAUUUGCAUGGCAAGGCAAAUAGGGUUCACUCUGGAGACAGUUUCCCCUCUCUGUGCCAUGUUCUUGUCCCCACCCCAAAUGUGGCAACUUUAAACUGGCAACAUGUGAAGAGACGACUGAGUUCUCACAACUUUCACUUAGCUCUCUGGCAAUUUUGUAGUGAAGCUACUCAUCAGGGGUGUAUCUUUUGCAGCAACACCUUCUUUGAAGUGAAGUCCAUCUCCAACCAAGUCUGGAAGUUCCAGCGGUAUCAGCUGAUCAUGACCUUCCAUGACCGGCCAGUGCUUCCUCCACCCAUGAUCAUCUUUAGCCACCUUUACAUCAUUAUAGUUCGUCUCUGCUGCCGCUGCAAGAAACGAAGAGAAGGGGACCAAGAUGAACGCGACCGAGGACUGAGUAUGUGGGAGGAGACAGACAUUCUCUCUGUGCUAUGAGUCUGGGUUGACUGGGCACCAUAGCAGGGGUCAGGCAGGGGUUUGAAGGUCCCAUCCAUAGACCAUCUGCAAGCAGAAAGUCAGCACAGAGGGGCUCCAACUGGAAUCCUCCUUGUUUUGACUUUCUGCCCACCUUUCGUUUUUGAAAGGUGGGGAGAACUCAGAAACAUCCCCCAUCUAUAGCCACUUUACUGUCUCAUGCUGCUGUGUGGAGAGACCAGGCUUAGUUGCACUAAUCAAAAGCAGGUGGGGAACCUGUAGCUGGACUACAACUCCCAUCAUCCCCGAUUGCUAUCCAAAGUGGCAGGGGCUGAUGGGAGCUGUAGAUGCUGGAAAUGGUUGUGAAAGGGGUACACAGAAUGGGAUAGGAUAUUGAAGGGAUAAUCUGUGUCCCUGAGUCAGGUGAACCAGCCCUAAGCGGGCAACCUUGAGCACACUUUCUCAUUGAGCAUAGUGAGUAAGCAUGCAUAGGGUUAUUUAUGCAUGUAUUUCAUAAAAUUCAUAGAGGGCUUGAAUGUUAAAGAAAAAACCCUCAAAGCAGUUUACAAAAAGGAUUGGGAUGCAUAUCUCAAUAAAUACGGUGGGCUUGUUUCUGAGUAAACAUGAUCAGGAUUGAGCUGUUGAUAUUUUAGACUACUUUCCAAUAGUUGAAAAAGUUUUUCUGACACAGGACUCCAGACUGGAUUUUAAUUUCUGCAAGGGACAGUGUGCAAACCGCCAUACUAUAGAAAUUCAGUGUUUAGCUACUGCCUGCUUGCCAGAUUUUUGCCAUAUAGGGCUCCAGGCUAGAAUAUGCACCGAACUGUACCUUAACAUUGCAAGCCUCACCAUGUCUACUCAGAUCUAUUUACUCCCAGAAAAGUGGGGUUAGACCUGCAGCAUUAGAGCCUAAUGUUCAUUACAAGUAGCCUGAAAAUGCACAUUGAGGUGGUAGUAGUCUCUUCCGAGUUUAGGGGGUUUGAUAGACAUGGUAAAAUACAUGCUUUCCCUGCCUCAAUUUCUUUCAGAGCUGUUUCUAAAUGAUGAAGAGUUGAAAAAACUGUAUGAAUUUGAGGAGCAAUGUGUUGAGGAAUAUUUCCGACAAAAAGAAGAUGAAGAACAGUCAUCAAAUGAUGAACGUAUUAGAGUUACUUCAGAAAGGUAGCCAGUGAAUUUGUUUAUUUUCUUGCCAGUUGCAGUAGGCAAAGAGGAAGCAUGGACUUCAACACUAGUGUCCUUUGGAGAUGUUGAAGGAAAGAGUAAGUCUAGGGCUUGCCGAUCAGAAGGUCGGUGGUUCGAAUCCCCAUGAUGGGGUGAGCUCCCAUUGCUCGGACCCUGCUCCUGUCAACCUAGCAGUUCGAAAGCACAUCAUAGUGCAAGUAGAUAAAUAGGUACUGCUCCAGUGGGAAGGUAAACAGCAUUUCUGUGUGCGGCUCUGGUUCACCAGAGGCGGCUUAGUCAUGCUGGCCACAUGACCCGGAAGCUGUCUGUGGACAAUUUUGAAGGAGAGUUGUGCUUAGGAUCACAUAUUGGUUUGAAGGCUAUGAAUUAGGUCCAUUUUCAUUCAAAUGCAAACAAAAUAUAAUUUCUCUUCCAUCCCUAGUAGCCCCCCCCCAUGGCAGGGAAUUAACCUGUAACUCUUGGGGUUCUUCUUACUCAGGAAGUUGGGAUGAUUUGCAAGGUGUCACCAAAUAUGCUGGGGAAUCACAAGCUGCCUGUGGGCCCUCUGGCAGCGUGGCAGUGCCCACAGUACCAUGCAAAAAUAUUCUAAAUAUCGUAAGAAUUCAACCAAAGGAAACUGCAACAGAGGAAUGUGUGACGUCUAGCUAAAUUACUGUUAUAAUCCUUCUAAGUUAUUCUAACACUCUCUGGUUCUUUUCUUUUCUUGGUUUUAUUAUAAUUAAGUUUGUGGCAGCCAAUGGCAUGAAGAAAUGAGUAAUAACCUACUGAUUAACUGAGUAAAACUGGAAGCUCUAAUAAUUAAUAAAACAGCUGCCCUCCUCAUAAGUGCUGUUCUGAGCUAAUAAUGACAGUGCAGGACAAAUCUGUGUUGCUUAAUGAAUUUAUUCCCCCCCCCCCCUUUUGAAUUCUAUAGAGUUGAAAAUAUGUCUAUGAGAUUAGAAGAAGUGAAUGAAAGAGAACAUUUCAUGAAAGCCUCUCUCCAGACGGUUGACCUUCGACUUUCUCAGCUGGAAGAACUCUCUGGCCGGAUGGCGAAUGCUCUGGAGAAGCUGGCAGGCAUCGACAAGGCGGAGCUGACUCACACACGUUCCCGGGCAUCCUCGGAAUGCGAUGCUGCUUACCUCCUCCGGCAAAGCAGCGUCAACAGUUCUGAUGGCUACAUGUACAGGUACCACGGUGAUGAUCUUGCCUAUGAUGACCUGCCUACCCCAAUGUCUCCAGCCUUGGCAUUGCGUAAAGCAGAUUCAAAGCUACAGCUGGCUCCAGAACGCCAAGGAAGUAUCCACUCUGCCACAAGCGCCUCUACAGAUCACAGCAAAAACACUUUAGAUGUUACGCAGAAUGUUUCUCUAUCCCGUUCUGGCUCAGUUGACAGGCAGGAACACUGUAAGAAUGAAGAGACAACACCCCAAACUCUCAACCAAAUGGAUAUGGUUGGGAAUGGGCAGCCUGGAACUGGACCAAAAAUUCAGAACCCUCAUUUAGCGUUAGAAAAGGCCAAAUUAGAAGCCACCAUCUCCUAUCCUUUGGACAAACCUAGGGCAAUGAGGUACUACCCUUCUGAAACAUUCAACGCUUGCGAAGCAAGCAUGAUGAAAUCAAGGAGUUACAUAUUUGCACAAGGUGGAAAUAUGGUUGGAGGAGUUAACAACCGGACCAUUAUGGACCAAGAGUAUAGGACCAUCAUGGAUGAAGUGUGCCCUUCCACAAUUGAACAAUGGACUGCCGAGUGGAAGUAUGAGGUUCAGCAGAAACUAGCUAGUGAGCCUCCUCCUGAAUAUCCUGGCAUUGUGUCUGAAGCGGAGAUGCAAGCUGAGCGGAAACAGCUACUGACUGACACCGAAGAGGACAGUGAUGUUGGUGAAGUGGUGGGUCUCAGUGCCUCCCAUCCUUCCUCACCUGUCACCAAAAGGAUCCACACAGACAAUUUGUUGUCAGUGAAAUCUGACAGGACUUGUGGUUUUCCUUCCGUACGGUCAAAGAGUUUACACAGCCAUUCUCGAAAACCCAAGUCCAUUAAGGACAGGCUUAAUAGACCAGGACAUGCCAGCAGUGUCAGCAGCCUAGUGGUGACCUGUGGGACUGCAACGGAAGAGCAGAAAGCAAAACAAGAAAAUGCCUCCGCAGAAACUGAAUGCUAAAAUGGCCUUUUCUCAACAAGCAAUAGUUGGGAGAUGUGGUUAAGCCAGGACACCACAGGUAGAAGUGACACCCCCAAAUGCCCAUCCUUUAAAGAGCCAGUUUGCAUUUGGUAGCUCACUAUGUUCGCUUUUACAGAUGCAUUCAUGUCCAACAGUUCCUGCUUCAAAGCACUUCCUGCUUUUGUGAAGGGAAGGUGUGCUCUCCCUGAGGGUCAGAGCUACCUCUGGAGGGCCCGGCCAACAGUGUCAACAUGGAUUCUUUAAUUCAUUAUGUCAAUGAUUCUAAAAGCAAUGUAGUUUAGUGAGCUGGAGGCUGGAUCCUCCUGACCCAUAAGAGCACCACUGCUUAAAACAACGGGUCUCAUUGAGCGAUUGACAGGCCAACAGCACUCUUUGUGGGCUUCAGGGCAAUGCUGCAGAAUGAAUCACCAAGAGGCCCUUUUUUAACACACAUAAAAAGUGGCACAAUCACCAGCUCUUCUUCUUGCAAAAGUGAGUGCUGUGUGUGGCAAGUGUAUAUUCCCUCAGCACCCAGUACAGGUAUUUAUCAAGGAUAUACCCACAUAUAACACUGUAUGUGAUAAUUCCUGUCUACAUUCACUGCCUGCAAACUCCCUACACUGAGGAUCCUUGAGAGACAGCAGUUUCCCAUAUCUAUAGUGGCACCAAGGAAGAAAGUGGGGGGCAAGAAGGAGUACCUUGUGGAAGAGGUAUGACUUUGUGAGCGGAGUCUUACUGGCACUAUUUUUACACCACUGUUGUUGUUGUUGUUCUGGUCAGCCAGUUUGGGCUAGUGGCAAUCAGAUAAAUCUUUUUUUCAGGCACAGUUCAGCCAACUGCAGACUUAAAUAAAUGUGUUUUCAGAGUUGGUUUUUU